GCUCGCUCCCUGCCUCUCCCGCGACAACAGGAGGGCGGUCGCGCCAACUGAGGCUGCGCGCACGGCAGGCUGUCCGGCCGGCCGACAGACCGACCAAGUCGGCAGCGGCGGCGGCGGCAGCCACAGGAGGCUGCAAGGCGGAGAAGCCAAGCCCGGCGGAGGCGAGGUGCUGCUGCUCGCGCUGCGCGGCUGCGGGCUCCCUUUGGCUGGCCUUCCUUGUGCGCGCCUGGCCGCGAUGCGCCUCCCUCCUCCUCCUCCGGCGUAGCAACGGCAGCGGGAGGCUCCUCCUCCUUCGGCGGCGGCGGCGGCUCCUGCUCGGGUAUGCGCCCCUCCAGCCAGCAGCCGGGCCAGGCGGCUCCCGCGAGGGCUGCAGCGGUGGCUGCUGGUGGUGGUGCGGCGGCGGCGGCGGCGGGGAAGGCCUAGCCAAGCGAGCCAGCCGCGCGCCCUCUCCGCCCGCCUCCCUUUUUCCGCCUCCGCCUCCUCCUCCGCCAGCCAGCCAGCCCCGACCCGGCAGUGAUGGCAGACGAGCCGCAGCAGCACCAGCCACCUCCGACUCAGCAGCAGCAGCAGCAGCAGCCGCCCCCCGAAGCCCCCGGCGGGGUCGUCCCGGUGGCCACGGCGGCCCCUUCGCUGCCGGCGCUGGUGCCCGGGCUGCAGGGGACCGAAGCCAGCGCGCUGCAGCACAAGAUCAAGAACUCCAUCUGGUGAGCAGCCCGGGGAAGGCUCCGGGCCCGGGGGUGGCUGGCUGGGUGCUCGGGAGGGAGCCGGCCGGGGGUUUACUCAUGCAUGCGCUGCAUGUGCCCAGCCGCCCUGCCUGCUGCAUAUUGAUAGGGCGCUCCGAGCCGCGACGGUGCCGGGUCGGGGUGCCUGGACGGGCCCCUCGCCUUCCAGAUCGGGGUUUUGUUUUUGCAAGGGUUGCAGAGCCCCCGGUGCGCCGCCUCCCCUCGCAUGCUGUCUUCUGGCUCCGAUCCCGCAAGGUUCUUUCUGCGGCGGCGGCAGGAGGAAGAAGGUGGCGGCGGCGGCGGCGGCGGGGCGUGUGUGUGUGCCUGUGUGUCUGCAGGGUGGGGGAGGGGAAAUGGAAAAUGUGUUUACUCGGCUCUGCGGAGGGAGAGCGAGACAGACCCGGGCAGACAGAGCCAGACACGCUCGUAUGGAGAAGGGGUCGGGCUGGGCGCGCAAGGCAGGGUGCACGUCUGCCUGCAUGCGUCCUAGCUAGCUUGCUGGCGACCCAACACAAAGCUCGCCAGGCGCUGCUUUGCACGGGGCUGCUUCCCGAUCCACGGUCGCGUCCAGUGCAGCCCGGGGCAGGAGGCGAGAGACAUGCCUUCUCUCCCCCCCCCUCCGCCUCGCCCCGUCGUGUGCAAAGCAGCAGGUCGUUCCGUGAAGGGGCAUCGCCUCGCCUGGCGGCUGGCUGGGCUCGCCCUCUCCUCCUCCGCCCAGCGCCCCCCCACCCCAAGGCGCGUUUGUCGGAGGAGGCGGGGGCGCCUCUGCCGCAUGUUGACAUGUAUCUCUUUCUCCCUCCCCUCCUUGCUGCAAACACCAGAAUGGGGUGACUUGCCUCUUGCUGAGCAGCAAUAGCAGCAGCAGCCCCUCGCUUGUUUACAGCUGCUGCCGCCGCCGCAGCCCCCCUUUUUUGCAGCGUAGGGCGCCGUUUCCUCGGCACUGCUCCGGGUUUUCCGCCAGAAUCAGACCUCCCCUUUGAGCAAGAGAGCUGGAGAAGAUGUUCAUUCAAAAAAGACUGCAAUACGUUGUUCCUUGGGUACACUCCUAAAGCCAGGGACUGACUCGCUGUCUGCCAUUGAGGAUUUAGCCACUACACUGGCUUGCGAAGUGGGAGGCACCCGAGCUUUUGCCUUCCAUUUGAAGCCUUUUUCAGCUGAACCGACUUCUGUGCAAAAAUAAAAUUCCUGAAAACGAAGUGUCUUUCAGUGCUUGAAAAACACAGUAUAAGGGCCUUUCACUUUCCCUGUGUGCACGAUGUCCUUUGAAACCUUUAAUGCAUUUGCUCUUGUGGUUUAAAAAUGACAUUUUGGGUAUGUGUAGUGCUGAUCUGAAAUUGAGAUCUACAUGGUGUAAAAUAUAUGGGGCAGAUUGAAUUGUCAGUGGAAGCAAUACAGGUUGUGUGAAGGGAUUGCAUUUGAGAUGGUGAAUUGCACGCAGGCUUUGGGGAACAGACCAUUAAGUAGCCUUUAAAAAUCUAGGCAAAGGAGGUGUCUGCUGACUCCAGUCUGCUCGCUGCCAUUGUUUUGUUUACAGAAUGCCAUGAGUUAGAAGUUCUCUCCAUCAGCAUCCUGACUGUGUCUUAAAUUGCUGCUGCUGCUGAAGUGUUUGAUUUACAGUAUUAUUAUUUUUUUAGACACCCACUUAAAAUAUUUUCCCAUUCUCCUAGUGUUCAGAAAUCAGCCUCUUGAAUAGGGUGUUUACAUCAGUGGUUUCAGGGGAGGUGUAACAUCCAAGUUGGAAGACAAAAUGGCUACUAAGUAAAACCUCUUCCCUUUUAUAUGAACUUGGGUGUAUAGGCUUCGUUCAAGCACAACACCAUAGCAUUGUUUGUUUUAAUUCCCAAUAAAAUUGGGGCUUCUAGGACAUCUUUUUUUUUUAAGACACAUAGACAACCUGCCAAAUGUUUUUGCAUAGCCUUGGCUGCUUUAGCUAGGGAUUGGCUUGUCAGCCUGAUGGGAGUGAAUGGAGGAUGCCCAGUGGCAGUGCCUGCUGGAAUGGUGCUGUUACUGGGAGUGUGACCAGCCAGCGCAGCUUUUUUGCUUACCCUAAAGGUGAUCCUGAAUGCCGCGUCUGGGAAGGAAGCCCCGCCAGUUUGAAUGAGCUUGUGUCUCAAGUGUUCAGGAUUCUAGCUCUGGGCGCAUGCUGCAGAUAAUAAGGAUUAGUUUCCUUUUAACCCCAUCUCCCCAUUGGCUGCUCUUGGCCCCAGAGUCUGUGAUCCUGUGUGUGCUUAGCAACAAGUGUGUCCCCUUGAACUCAGCCAUUCAGGCUUCAAAACAACAUGUCUUGAAGCUGGGAUUUAUUUGUGUUUCACCUUUCCUCCACGCAUCUUGGCGCCACACCUGCGAGGGCCCUGCCCUCUUAUUUCUGCAACAUCAGCCCUUUGGGGUGGGCUAGUAAGCUGAGAGAGAGUGGGCCAAGGUCACUCAGGGGACCACAAGUGAGCAGGAGGAACAUGUGAGCCCUCAUUGAAGCUCCGUAGCCACUGGGCAAGUCUUUCACCAUUUUCUCAAUCGUGUGGCCACAGGUGGGAUGGGGAUUCAAAUUCAUACACAUGAUUUUGGGAACAGAACUGGGAAGUGGAAUUGGGAUUGUAUAGAUAGAGUAGCGUUUUGUUGCAUGUAUCCUUGUGUCUGUGAAACAGCAGCUCAGAAGCAUCUUGUGCAGUGCUCUCAGAAGAUUGUGCCCUGGUGUGUGCUCUGGGCUGGUUUUCAUUGCUGUUGCUUUGUAGUGGACUGCUAGUAAACAGUCUUCAGCUUGAAUGGCUUCUCUCACUCUUUGCCGGAGUCCAUGUGCUCAGCCAGGGAUUUUGUAGAGCAUAGCUCAGACUUACAGUUCCAUUACACGCUGGAAUACUGCACCGAUCUAAUGCCCUGAGGUUUGGGGUAGGGUGGGCUAAAAAUCCCAUAAAUAAGUAAGAAAAAUUGCUGUGUAUGGAAGGUGGCAAAUGGUCUGUGUUCUCCAUUAACCAAUAAAGCUUAAAAUGAAACCUUGUCUUUCUGGCUGGGAUUACUGAAAAGAGCAUCUGAAAAUCUGUAUGCUAACUCCUGAAACGUAAGUCGGAUUUAAUGUGACUGACUUCGACUGCAGUCCAAAACACACUUACUAGGAAGUAAGCCUCAUUGAAUUUAGUGGGACUUAAUUCUAAAUAAAUUAUAUUAUUAUUAUUGCUACUUAUUUAAUUCAUAAAUCACUUCUAUGAGGCAUCCUGGAGCAAUUUAUAACACAGUAUUUUGUGUGUAUGUAUGUAUGUAUGAUAUCUGCUACAUAUAUUAAAACUUAAAAUAAUUGCAUAGAUGAAAACAAUUUAAAAAUUUAUAUUAAAAUAGUUUUAAAGAACCACACAUACAUAAAAUCAAUUAAAAUCCAGUACGGGUACCAAUUGAGAUUAAGACCUCCAUUUGAAAGGCUCUUUGAAAUUCUAAAUAAACUUACAUAGGAUUUCACUGUUGGUGGGUCCAAUGGUUAAGAAGGCGGUUUCUGCACAAGCUGUAGAGGGGGCUUGUCAACCUGGGAAGGUAGCCCAUCUAGGAGAAGGAAAACUUUGAUCUUAAACCUCCAUGACCUGAGGGGUACCUUUGCGUGAAGAAAAGGCUAAGGAGUAAGCCCUACACAAAACUGGAGUGGGGUCCCUAAGAUGGUUGGAUGGUGCCUUGUACGCCUCCUUCGGGCAACAGCAGCCAAGCUGGUGCCAAAUGUCUUGCUCUGCUUCCCUUUGAGCCACAUCAGUGAGGUCGAGAGGGGGAACCUGGGACCUCCAGAUACACUGCCCAGGCUUGCGCCCUAGGGAGGUCACGUUGGUGCUACUGACUUCACCCUUGGAUGCACACUCCAUUGUCAACAAGUACAGGUGGCAGCCAUUUUAGACAUAUCCAAUUGACAUGUCAUCGCUGACACACAGAUCUUUUUGAACCCAAAAGAAGGCAGAAUGGGGGCGGGGCAGAAUGGGAUGUAACAGGGUGGGGUGCACUUAUAUACACUUUGCCGGUAUGUGUGGCGGCUGGGAACAGAGCCCCUGUGUGAAAGGAUCACUGCCUGUGCCUAAAAGUGCAGUACACCUCCAGGUGAGCACUAGGGGAGGGACCCAAGUUCAAAUCCCACACAGCCACAAAGCUUCUAGUUCAACCACUGUCUCUUGGCCUAAACUACCUCAGAGGGGAAAUUGGGUUGAGGAAGGGGGAAAUGGAGAUGGGUAGAGCCUUUUACAUUUUCCUGGAGGAAAGGUGAGGCUACAAAAAAUAUAAAAAAUUAAAAUGUUAUAUAUCAAUAAAAUGUUAUACCUAAGUUUGCUUCAAUGAAUUAUUAGAAUUGUCACUCUCUUAAAAUAACUUUUUAAUGACAAUUCAUUUGCCUUUUGGUGGUUUGCAAUUAAAAACAAUACCUCAGUAUAGAUGCUAUUUUAAGAUAAUUAAAGUAGCUUACAAAAUUGAAAGAAGAGCUUCUGUUUGGUGAUAGAAGGAUGGCUCACCUUUUACUCUCCCUAUUGCAGUGGGCACACUAGUGCCAAAAUGUGCCUCCCCUUUAAUUUGCAUUCCCAACAGCUAAAAGUUUACCUCACUAAUUCCCCCUCCGCCACUGAUUGAUCAAAUAAUCCUGUAGUUGAUUACGAAUUAAACCUGCUCUCCCCAUUGUCACUUUUAAAGGCUACAGCGAUAUAUAGCAGUUACUAAAAUGGAAGACUUGGAGAUGAUAACAAGUCUGUAAGGACCACAGUGCAUUUGGUCGGUUGAGGACUUGGCCAGCAAUAUUGUUUCUUGCUUUAGCCACAACAGAAUUUAUUCUGGAAAUUAAAAUGAGUUUGACAGGCGAUAUUUGUUAUAUUAUGAGGCACUUGUAGAAUCGGUUCUCUAGGCACAUGGCAAAGGGCCUCCGCAGAUGACCUUGGGGCAGGCUUUCCCAACCUGGUGCCCUCCAGAUGCUUUUCCACUACAAUGCCCAUCACCCUCAACACCAUCCUGCAGAUGCUGGCCUAAUGGGAGUUAUAGUCUGACACCUAUGGAUUGAACCAAGCUGACAAAAGUUGCCUCAAGGUAUGAACAGGUACAAAUGAGAGAAGGCAGUCUGUUGGGCAGUGAGGUCCCAAGCCCUGUCCCAUUACGUGAAAACCAGCACACUGAAUUGGAGUGAAUCAGAGACCAGAUUACUUGCUCAAAGCAGCUCACAGCUAAACUUUUUAAAAACUACAGAUUGUGUCUGUCCCAUGUGUCUACCUUGGCCCUAGGAUCACAUUCAGAGGUCUUUAUCCAAGUGCCCUGCCAAAUGAGUUGUGGUGGGUGACGUUUUUGGUGUUGGUGCCCCAGUUGUGGAAUGCCUUACCAUCUUUCUGUGAGCUGAAGACAUAUUUAUUUACAAAGUUUUCAUAAUUUUUUCUUCUUUUUUGGGGCGGGGGGAGCAUUUGUUAGAUCUGCAUUGUUGUUAUCAUCUGUUAUCUGGCUUCUGUUGUUGGUACUAUAUCUUAGAUUUAACAUUUUAUGGCCUUUGUCAGCCUGGUGCCCUCCAGAUGUUUUAGAUUGUAAUUCCCAUCAGCCCUGGCAGAUGCUUUGGAGUACAACUCUCAUUGCCCCAGCAUCAUAACGCAGCCAUGCUGACCAAGGUUGAUGGGAGUUGUGGUCCGACACGUGUGAAAGGCACCCAAGGUUCAAAAUUUGCCAGGCUCUUUUUGUGACUGGCGUGGGUCCAAUUGCGACCAAGUGGAGAUCUCUGGAUGCUAGGCUGGUGACUGACUUCUCCAUCUGACUGGUCCCUCCAUCUUUCUUAAGCAGGUAAGCAGGUUUUGGUGACUGCAACUUCGGUUUAAGCCACCUAGCUUAUAUACCUGAGUUUCUAACACUUUGGGGUUACACUCCCUCUGAAGGAGCAGAUACAUAAAUUUGGGAGUGCUUCUAGAUCCUUUGCAGUAACUUGUGGCUCAGGUGGCCUCAGUGGCACAGACUGGCUUCCAUCGGCUUUGGUUGAUGGGCGAGAUGCACCCCUAUCUGGCAUGGAUAGCUUAAUUUAUGUUGCCUACGCUCUGGUAACCUCUAGAUUAGAUUUCUGCAACGUGUUAUAUGUAGGGCUGCUUCGGAAGAUGGUUUGGAAACUUCAGCUGGUGCAGAAUUAAGUGGUCAGGGGCAAGAUGGUUUGAGCAUAUUACACUGAUCUUGGCCAUACAGCACUGGCUGCCAAUUAGUUUUCAAGCCCAAUUGAAAGUGCUGGUUUUGACCUAUACAGUGGUGCCUCUGGUUACGGACGCUUCAUGUUACGAACACUUGAGGUUACGAGCUCUGCUAACCUGGAAGUAGCUGCUUCUGGUUGCGAACUUUGCCCCAGGGUGCAAAUGGAAAUCGCGCGCCUCUGGUGGCCCCAUUAGCAAAAGCACGCCUCGGGAUAAGAACGGUUUCAGCUUAAGAACGGACAUCCGGAACGAAUUAAGUUCGUAACCAGAGGUACCACUGUACAGCCUUAAUUGGCUCAAGACUGCAGUACCUCAAGGACCACCUCUCCCCAUAUGAGCCAACCUGGACCCUGUGAUGAUCAUCUGAGGCCAUUCUUUGUGUGCCACCUCCACAAGAGGUCGCUUUUUCUGCGCUGGCUCCCUGUUUGUGGAAUGCUUUCCCUAGGGAGGCUCGCCUGGCACCUUCAUUACAUAUCUUUAGGCACCAGGCAAAAACGUUUCUCUAUAACCGGGGGGGCGGUACAGAUUUGUUUUUGUUUUAUUAUGUCUUUUGUGUUCUCGUUUUGUAUUUUUCUGUUGUGACCUGGACUGUGAUCUUUGGAUGAAGGAUGUAUGCAAAAUUAAUUAAUAAAUAAAAUUAAUAAGUUUUAAAUGGGUUGCAGCCAUAACAAUCGACUCUUUUCUUGCAGCUGAUUAAGUAUUGUGUAAAAUUAAAAUGAUUUGGUGUCUUCUAAUCCUGUCAGGAUUAUUCUUUUCUGCCCAUCUGAAAUGGAUAUGAUGAAAUGGUGUCUGCUUCGUUGUCCAAUUGAGGCAUAUGUGUCUUUAUAUAUACAAUAAUCAAAAUGCAACACAGGCAUCAGUGAGCUACAUACCGAUGCUGUUUUUGUUUUGUUUUUCUGGCCAUGAACUGGUUUUUUCCUCUUACAGUGCUGAUGAAAAGGCCCAAGCUGAUCUCUGAGCUCUUUAUUUCCCCUUUUCUCCUUCAUGGAUUACAAGUCUAGACAAAAAGACCAGGCCUGAGCAGCAGCGCCCAGACAGCCCUGAUUAGUGUCAUUUAGGGCAGGGUUGCAAAUUGCCCCAGCCUUUGCUGCACUUUUGGGAUUCAAUCUCUGUGUUUCUGUUUUUAUUUUAGAUUCAUUAAAGCUUUUAUGCUAAUCGCUUUUGUGUCCAGACACUUAAACAUCAAAAGGGAGAUAGAUCUUUGUUCAGCUCAACUGCUUGUGAAUAUGGGAUUUUGGUUAAUUUAGGGCGGAGUGAAAAAAGAAGAAGGUAAAAAAAAAAAAUUAGGGCGGAGUGAGCAUUGUAUGGCCCACUGUGUGUUUGUGGAGGGUGUAUUUGACAAAGAGACUGUCGACAGACAUCUCUGAUGCUCCAGACUUUUGAGAGUCAGUCUGCAAUUUCACUAAGGCUGCUAAAGUGUGUUCCACUUGUGAGUGCUAUUGCUGGUGGGCUUGCCCCGUUAGGGCAUCUGGUUGGCCACUGUGAGACCAGGAUGCUGGACUGGAGGGGCCCCCGUUGGCCAGAUCCAGCUGGUCAACCUGGUGCCCUGCAGAUGUGUUGCACUACAGCUCCUAUCAGCCACAGCCAACACAGCAGUGCUGUCAGCCCCGGUAAUGUGCGGUCAUGCUGGCUGGGACUUACAGAAGCUGUAGUCCCAAACAUCUGCAGAGUGCCAGACCAGGUUCAGGGAAGGCUGGUGCUACAACUUUCACAUGGUUGCCAGUUAAUGCAACCCCUGCAACCAUCUGCCAAGCAGUGCCUCACACAUUUACAUUUUGGUGUGUGAGAGUGAAACCCUGUCCCCCGUUUUGAUAUUUCCUCACUUGGGGGGAAGGAGACAGUCUCAUUCUUGGUGCCACCUCCCAUCAUUCUUCCGUGAGAAAGUCACAGAAAUGAGGCCAAGGCCUUUCUUUCCAAGUAAGCUGGAGACAGGUGUUUUGGGUGCUACCCAGGGCUAGAAGUCAACUGGGACCCACCAUGUGACUGCUUCAGAAAGGGGCAGAUGUGCUCUUGUCUCUGCAUGCUUCUGUAUCCUGAACCAGGCAGAGCUUCUAAAUGUUCUUUAGAGCAACCACACAUAUAUUGGGCUGCCUAGACGAUAAUCCUGAUCGAUCAGGGUCCUGUCAGAAGUUAGUGAAGUUGUUGUAGUUUGGCUCAGCUUUGGUACAGCUUGAAUGGCAUCCUCACCAGCCCCUUUUGACAUGACCCUCACUGCAACACAAAGAAAUCAAAAAUCCCAACCCUGUUUCUGCCAAAGGCUUUAAUGCCAAAUCAGAGUGGUACAUAGGCAGGCAAAAGGUUACAGGGCGCAAGAGCAGCUACAUGGGGCGUACAUAAACAAAAUGCCAGCUAAGACAUUGAUCCAACAAGUGGCUUGCACAUAUUCCCAAAGUUCUUUGCCUUCCACACUUUCUGAUGUGCCGUUCUGAUGUCGUAUCUGUUGUGUGUAGAAUUUUGGUCUCCAAGAACAGCAGCUUUCAUUGAAGAGAACCCCAUGGAUAAACACAAUCCCAGUUUUUUAUCCAGUUUUUGAGGCCGUUUGGCUAUCCCAAAGAAAGGGUUGCAAAAGUCAUAGUUCCUCAGUGAUUCAGAGUGGGUCAAGUGCCCAACCUAUCUGCCCCAAGACCUUGUAAUUAAAGCAUCUUCACCAGAACUUACGCUAUCAAGGCAGUGGAUUGCAAGUCCCAUUAAGGAGGCAGGCUAGUGUUUUCCCCCAGCAGAUGUCCCAUAAGGAUAAUGCUAGAAAUGUAAAGAAAACAGUGAUGCUGGCAUGGCCCAGCCCCUGUUCAUUUCAGUAGAACUUUUCCAGGUGGAUUUGCUGCUGGAUUUGCUUUUCACCCAUUUUAAUUAGUGUGUGUGUUGAGGUGCUGUAGUUCCCCAGUCCCCUCUGUGGGCAACUAAAUGUCUUACAAGACAGUUGUCCACUUUGCUGUCUUUUGAGAACUUCCAGUGGAGCUUGUCAUUCUUUGUAUUUUCCUUUCACCCAAAUUGCUUAAAGACAGUGUUUGAAAUUAGCCAGGCACCAGGCGCAAUUUGUGCCUGACUAUUGGCGCUGUGGGUUAAACCACAGAGCCUAGGACUUACUGAUCAGAAGGUUGGCGGUUCGAAUCCCCGCGACGGGGUGAGCUCCCGUUGCUCAGUCACUGCUCCUGUCCACCUAGCAGUUCAAAAGCACGUCAAAGUACAAGUAGAUAAAUAGGCGGGAAGGUAAACUGUGUUUCCGUGUGCUGCUCUGGUUCGCCAGAAGCGGCUUAGUCAUGCUGGUCACAUGACCCGGAAGCUGUACGCCGGCUCCCUCGGCCACAACCCCAGAGUCGGUCACAACUGAACCUAAUGGUCAGGGGUCCGUUUUCCUUUACCUAUUGGCCGCUUGCAAUCAAGUGAAGAUGUCUCGGUGCCGGGAUGGCGCCUGACAACUCCAUCUGGAGGUGCAUGCCUGUGGAUCUUGACUGUUUUCGCACACUAAUACCACAUCCUGUAGAAUUCUAUCAGCUAUAUUUUAUUUGCACAAUCAGGAUGAAUUUCAGGAACCAACAUGCUUUUUUCUGUUCAGCCUUAGCAGGAGCAGUGAAUAACAUUAUAAAUUGUUGUAGCCUGUCUUCACUUACCCCACCCCACUGCCCUGCUCACAGUUGUGAAGAAUAUUCUUAACGUUAUGAAUGGCCCAUGUCACUAUUAAGGAAAAAAAGGUAGGAAUAGGCCAAUAUGUAUGUGGACUAUCCCUGGAUAAAGUGACUUUUCUUCUUUUAGUUCUCAAAGUUCUUAACCUAGCUCAAGGUUGUCAUCUGAACUAGCCAGAUGUUUAACUGAUAAUCACAGUCAGUCCAUCAUUUGAAAAAUCAGAGAACUUGACGUUCCAUUUUGGCCACUUGGUUUAAGGAGCCAUUUGGCACCUAGCUUAUGUAUCUUGAGUUUCUAUCACUGCCUUAAAAAAUCAUUUUCAUGCAAAGCUGGCUUGAUCUGCUGCCUCCUGCAGCCAGAGCACCUUAACAGUCUCGUUUCUGAUUGUUUCACCCACCAUUGUUCAUCAGUGAACUACUAGGUACGUGUGUGUGUGUGUGUGUGUGUGUGUGUGUGUGAAAAGAGAGAGAGUGAGUGAGAGAGAGAAUAUCUGCCUGUGUUUAUGUAUUGUUUCCUAUUGCCUCCUCUAACACAUCAACACACACAGGUUGCUUUUGAUAGCAAAUUUGGGCGUAGAUGAUGUAUUUGUGCCUUAGGGAUACAUAAGGAACUGGGUGUGCCCUUCCUCCAGGUGGUGAGUUAGCCAGAAAAUAUUUGGAGGGUAGAGGAAGCCAACCUCACUUUCCAAGCAACUUCCAGCUGGUAUCAUGCACAACUGGAAACUGUGUGGUUCCUACAAUGAUAGAUCCUAGUUUUAAAGAAAUAAAACAGUUGCUGGAUCUGCCGAUCCUUUCAGACAUUCACUGAAGUCAGUGGACUGAGCCAGGAGGCAGGACUGCAAAAAAAGCUUUGUGUGUGGUUACCUGUCAUUUAACUUUUGUUGUUAAUCCCUUCCGCCUUGCUUGAGUAAUGGUAGUCACAUUUGUUUGGGGGUUGGGUUUGCUUCAGCUCAGGAUAGAUGUUUGUUGUGAAGGGAGACAAGGCACCUAAACAACAACAGCAUUUAAAAAUAUUUCAUGGAGUCUCAGGCAUAAUUGCAGGAGGAGGAGGUAGCCAUAGUUAUAAUUUAUUUUAAUUCAUUUAUACCCAAUUUUUCCUCUUGAGUUCAAGGUUGUGUACAUGCAGGUCCUGCUUUCCGAACAUUUGCGGUGCGAAAAUUCACUUAUCCAAACAUGAGGAUUUAGCGUCUAAACCUCGCUAUUCACACCACAUAUUCCAAACAGAGAGCAUUUUUUUAUAAUUCCUUGUUUGCCUUCUGUUGGUUGGCAGAGGAAAGGAUGGAGAAUGAUCCAACAAAUCAGAGCAGUUUUCCUGUUUUUUGUUUCGGCUUUUGGGGGUCAAAAUUCUGUGUCUGGGAAUGCAUUAGAAAUUUUCCCAUAGGAAUAAAUGGAAAUCAUCAUCUCAUUAUGUGAACGCUCGGCUCAUGAACGAUUUUCAUUGUCUUCAGUCAGCCGGACCUGCAUGUGCAGCAACCCCUGAUUUGCGUGGCCCCUGCACAUGUUGGCAGAGCACGUGUAAGCAAACCCUGUUCUGUCCCCUUUUCUGGCCACUUCUAGGUUGCAGCGAUGUGCACUUGCACGAUCACACGUGCAUUGAACAAGUGUAAAAUAGCCAUUGCCUGUAUAUAGUUCUAACCCCCCACCCCCCAUUUUAUUCUCACAACAACCCCGGGACCCUGAGAGAAGGUGAUCUGAUUCAAAAAAAUGCUUCCCCUGAAAUAUUCUAUGGCAGUGUCCCAUUAAAGGGCAUUUUCACCAUCAAUUACUGUAUUUUUUGCUCUAUAAGACUCACUUUUUCCCUCCUAAAAAGUAAGGGGAAAUGUGUGUGCGUCUUAUGGAGUGAAUGCAGGCUGCGCAGCUAUCCCAGAAGCCAGAACAGUAAGAGGGAUUGCUGUGCAGCGAUCCCUCUUGCUGUUCUGGUUUCUGAGAUUCAGAAGAUUUUUUUUCUUGUUUUCCUCCUCCAAAAACUAGGUGCACCUUAUGGUCUGGUGUGUCUUAUAGAGCGAAAAUACGGUACAUGCUUCAGACAACUUUUGAAGAGGCAAAUUCCCCCCCAGCCUUUACCUGAUCUGUAAGCUGAACCCUGGGGUGUUGUUGUUUUGUGUUGUUGUUGUUGUUGUAGUAUAUUACAGAGUUUUAAUGAAGUUCUGUAUUUUUACUGCUGCUCUGAUCGUUUGUACUGAUUUUGUUAUAUAUCUAUAACAUACUUUUUAAGCUUUUAUUGGAGGUUUUUAUAUAACGCAGUUUAGAAAUGGUCUUUUUAAAAUUUAUUAUAUUGUCAUGUUCUCAAAGUAAAAGUUGACAAAGUCGAGUUCCUGAUGAAUUUUUGAAAUAUAAAUCCUUUAGUUUUUAUUUGAGCAGACACCACAAGCACCAUCCUAAUGUCGGAAUGCGGCAUCUUGUAGCGCUGGCCCUCUGCAGCGCAAUGCAUGUUUUCUUGGGAGUAAGCCCCAUUGAACUUGGCAGAACUUACUUGUGAGUAAAUGUACACGUUAGCUAAGCACAUACUUAGAAAGGCUGUCUGUAUCGAACAACAAGGAAGGUUACGUUCAGAUGUAAACAGUACUUUAUUCAAAAUUAUUACACAGAAUAAGAAUACACUCAGAUUUCUUGUGGAAAAACCUUGAAGUGUGAACAAUUCUGUACUGCACUUAUUCCUUUAGAGCAGGGGUCAGCAAAUGUUUUCAGUAGGGGGCCGGUCCACUGUCCCUCAGACCUUGUGGGGGGCCGGACCAUAUGAGGGGGGGAGUGAACGAAUUCCUGUGCCCCACAAAUAUCCCAGAGAUGCAUUUUAAAUAAAAGGACACAUUCUACUCAUGUAAAAACACGCUGAUUCCAGACCGUCCGCGGGCUGGAUUGAGAAGGUGAUUGGGCCGGAUCCGGCCCCCCGGCCUUAGUUUGCCUACUCAUGCUUUAGAGUACUUGCAGGCCACUCCAUAACAAAGUUUUCAGGGCAAUUCACCACAGAUCCAUGGGCGUAGCCAGGAUUUUUGUUAGGGCGGGGGCAGGCUUCAUAUGGGAGGGGCGGAACCUCAGUUAGUUAAGUAUAUUUCUUGAUUUACUUGGUUUAGGGGAGGCAGCUGCCACCCCUUGGUCAUAAUAUUAUGAACUAGCAGUAAAUGUGGAUAUUUUGUCAAGUUUUAAUGACAGGCUCAUUCGUACAGUAUUAUCAUCAUUAUCAUUGUGCAUGAUAUUAAGAACUAAAUGUCUUGGAGAUCAUAACUUCAGAUUGUAAGCCAGCCCCAGCCCCCAGCCCCCCCCCAAAAAAAUCUGGUGCUUUCCAGAUUUUUUUGGACUAGUCUCCCUUUAGCUUCAGCGUCUUAUGUCAUUGCUGGCUGGGGCUGAUGGGAGUUGCAGUCCAUAAUAUCUGAAGAGCACUAGGCGAACUAAGACUGAAGGCAAACUUUCGAACUGAUGCUCAGCUUCACAGACUUCAAAAAACAAGAUUUGUAUGAGUUGAAACCCUUUUUUCAACUCUUCCUACAUGCCAGUUUGCUGCUUCUGUGGCCCUAUUUGCACACCAUCAGAUACCCAGGGCCUGGUGUGAUGUGGACGAGCAUAAAUAAGUCUGUGGUUCACUCCUUUCCCCCUCCUUCAGUGUGGCUGUGAUAAGUCUAGAGAAGCUUUCACUUCUGGUUUUGCUUGUUUGCAGUUUGCUGCUUUGUUAGAAUGGACACAUUUUGGGUAAUAUUAUUAUUUAUUUACUUGAUUUGACUUGCCCUUUACUACAAAGACCUAGGGUGAGUAACAGCAGUAUAAAAGCAGUUUAUAUAUAUUUUUAUAGCCGUAUACAGCUAUAAAGACAAGUAAAACCAAAGCUGUUCCAACAGAACAGUGCAGAUUCAUCCAAAGUGGUGUGUCCCACAAAUAACAACAAAACGCUUACCUGUGAAAGGCCAUGGCGCAGAGGUCUGUCUUCAGCAUAUGCCAAAAGCUAUGCACUGAAGAUGCUCAGGUGCGCCUCUGUGUGGAGCGAGAGCCACAAUCUAAGGGCUGCCACAUAGAAUGUCUCUUUCUGGCUACCAUAUCUUGCACUUCUGAAGGUGAUGAAACUACCAAAAGAGCCCCACAGCCCCUCUGAUCUUCACACCAAAGAGGAUCUGUAGGGAUGGAGAAGGUCUUUCAGAUAUUUGGGGCCUAAGUCAUUUAGGCUUUUAAGCACCUAUUGUUGUUGGGUUGUUGUUUUUUAAAAAUGUUUUUUAAAUGAGACACUUGAAACCAGUUUUAUUGUGUUGGACAAAAUGACAAGCUGCAGUCCAUCUGAACUGGAAGCAAAAGCUUCCAAACCUGCCCUUGUGGCUGUGGCAAAGAGGAGCCUGAUGCUCACCUAGGCUUGCUCCUGUCGUGCUAGGCUGUGAUUUAGCAUCGAUGUCUGAACAGGACUUCCGUGUGUAUCUCCAAACAGUAGCAUGAAGCAGAAGGUGGUGGUGGGGGUUUGAGAAUCAAGAUACAGGCAGAGGAGCAGAGGUGGGAGUAGUGAUGGAGGAACUGGUGCUCCCUGCUCUUUAUGACACCAAACUUUGAACUAGUCACAUUGGACCAGUGAGAGAUGCUUACAUCUUUUGCAAGCAACAAAACAAGACCAAAUAAAGCCCAACUGGAGGAGCCAUGAUGUCGAAUUGAGAACAGAGAAAGUCAACAGACAGAGGAUGACUAGGUUGGAUUUUGCUUUGGCUCAUUUAUAAGAGGUGGUGGACUUGUCCAAGUUUGAACUCCUUCAUGGCAGGCCGAGCUCAGGGGUUUCACAGUAGCAACCUGAGUCUUGAGGAUGACCAACUUCUUGUUACUUGCAGGUGACAUUUUUUCUGUCUUCACGUAAGUUGAAGAGAACAUGACGUUGAUGCUUUUAUCACUUGCUGGUGGUGCUGGGGAAACAAUUGUAGGUUCUUCAGGAGCCUUUGUUUAAGUAAUGACCUUUGUUAAUCGCAAGCAAGAUAUUAUCUGCUCGAUGGGUUCAUGUUUUGUUUUUUAAACCAAAACCCUCAAAUUCCAGUUACAUGGAUGCGUUUUCUGGUUGCCGUGGACAAUUAAGCUUUUGCAAAACAACUUUCAGUUCACUAAAAGUCAAAGCUUGGAGAUGGGAGUUCGAAUCUAUAAAGAUUUAUGAACUUGAUUGUUGAUUUUGGGCAAGACAGUGUCUUUGACUCAGAGUUUCUCAUGAGGUAUUCAUUGCUUUAUUUUACGUAGAUGGUUGUAGGAAUAGAAAAGUUGCGCAUUGUUGUGCUUCCUCAAGCAAUUAUUGCUGGGCCAGAAGAAGGAAGGUCCUCUCUCCCUAGCAGCAAGGAGUGGGCUGUGCUGCUGCUGGGGAAGCUCACCUAAAUAGCCCCUCAUGCCUUCUUUUCGGCUGCUCUGCCCCCUCCCUCCACUGUCUUUUCUUCUCCUUCCACACUGAUGCUGCUGCAACCUGGUGAGCUCCUUGUUUGCAGAGUAUUGUAAUCCACGCUGCCAGGAAUGUGCUGUGUUGUCAACGCAUUCUACUUGGCUCCUGUUGUGCAGGGAAACAUUAAGCUGUUGAUACUGAGUAGAGGCUGCCUCUGUUGACUUAAUAUAUUAUAUGGCGUGCAGUGUGUAUUUGUGUGUGUGUUGUUUUCUUUAAAGAAUGUAAGAAGAGCCUGGGUGCUGGAUCAACCCAAAGGGGGUUCAUCUAGUCCAGGGGUCAGCAACCUUUUUCAGCCGUGGGCCGGUCCACCGUCCCUCAGACCAUGUGAUGGGCCGGACUAUACUUUUUUUGGGGGGGGGAUGAACAAAUUCCUAUGCCCCACAAAUAACCCAGAGAUGCAUUUUAAAUAAAAGCACACAUUCUACUCAUGUAAAAACACCAGGCAGGCCCCACAAAUAACCCAGAGAUGCAAAACAUGCUGAUUCCCGGACCUUCCAUGGGCUGGAUUGAGAAGGCAAUUGGGCCACAUCCGGCCCACGGGCCUUAGGUUGCCUACCCCUGAUCUAGUCUUAGCAUCCUUUUCUCAUGGUGGCCAACCAGAUGCCCCCAAAGGGAAGCCAAUAGAUAGGACAUGGGCACAUGAACCCUCUUCGACUCACUUUUCUCCAGUAUUCAAAGUAUUCAGAGACAUUUACUGCCUUUGACUAUGGAGGCAGGACAUGGCCAUAAUGGCUUGCAGCCAUUGAGAGCCUUAUUGUCCUUGAUGAAUUUGUCUAAACCAUGGGUUCCCAAACUCUGAUCCACAAGCCUCGUUCAGGUGGUCCAUGGUGUAUCUGUGGAUUUGUGACUGAAGAUGGUAGACAGCACACCCAUCACAUUAAAUACCUGUUCUGAUUUGGUAUUUUUAUUGUUUCUUUUAUUAUUAUUUCUGUGGAAUAAUGUGUGUGUGUGAAAGAGAGAAGUAAUUAAUUGACACCUUAUUUUCAGUAGCCCCUGCUUGUUGGUUGGUUGGUGACUUGUUCUACUUCUGUAGUUGAGGGUGAAAGUCAGCUCCCUUUCCCUUUGUACCCCACCAAAGCAAAUUACAGUUGUGUUUGGCUGCUUUGACCUCUUCCCCUCCAGAAAUGGAUGGUGGUGGUUGUUGUUUGAUUGGGGGCCUUCUUUACAGUGGCUUCCUCCUUUGAGGAGUCCUCUGGUUGCCUUCAUUACAGGCGACUCCCCACUUACAUGGGGGUUAUGUUCCGGUGCAUAAGUGGAAAACAUGUAAACACACUUUCAAUGCCCUCUCUCCCACUCUCUCUCCAAUCCAGAUCAAAAAUACUGUACCAAAAAUAUCCACAACUGGAACUGAAGCUGUGGGGCCAGCAGGAGGCUGGAGGACGUGCAGAAAGCAAAGCCCUGCUGCGCCUCCGGUCUCCUCUCCGCUCUCACUGAAGUCCUCUUCGGGCUGCAGGGAGGGUUUCCUCUUGAGCCACGAGGACUCUCCAGCGCUCUCCCUCCAUUUCCUGGUAUGAAUUAAAUUACAGUACAGGAGACUCCCCACUUACGUGGGGUUACGUUCCGGCCCCUUGUGCACAUAAGUGAUAUAUGUUUAAGUGGGGUGCACCCCACUGCGCCUCCAGCUUGCAAGGAGACCCUCCCUGGAGCUCAAAGGGGGUGUCCUCCUUGGGCUCUGGGGAGGGUCUCCUCACAAGCUGGAGGUGCUGUGGGGCUUGGUUGAGUCUCUCCCCCCACUUCUGGGUUUCAUGCGUAACCAAACCAAAAGCCUCCCCAAAUCUCCUGCUCUUGACACCUCCGAAAUGCCUUUUUGCCUGCCAACUUCUCAGCCUCAUGAGACCAGCACUGACCCUCCUCACUGCCCCCUAAGCAACUCCCAUCUUCCAGCAUCCCUCCUCUCAGGUGCCUCUGCUCCUGAAGCUACCCUCACAAAGCAUUCUCUGUCCACCCUGCGAGGCUCCCUCAGCUGGUACCUGCCACCAGGCCACUUCCGAGUCCCAAUAGUGCUUCGUGUCCAGCAGGGCCACCACUAGGACCAAAACAAGGCCCAGCCAGGGCACUCAAUUGAUGUUUGAUGAUUCAGCAGCAAACAGUGGGUUUUCCCAGGGAAAGCAGUGGGACAAUACUAAAACCUCUAGGACCCAUGACUAGAAAUCAUGGGACAAAGAGAAGUGUAGGUGAUCCCUGAGUCAGGCCAUUUAUCCAUUUAGCUUUGUAUUCACACUGACAGGCAGUAGUGGCUCUCUAGGGUUUCAGAUGAGGAACAUCCCCUGACAUACCUACCUACCUACCUACCUACCUACCUAGAGAUGCCACGGAAGAUUAAACCCUUUGUGGCAUCACAGUCAUGGCUACUUCUCUCCCUUUCUGCAGUUCACGCUUCUUGAAGGGGAUAAUCAAAGUUCUGUGGAGCUCCAUUGAAGGUUUAUCAGUGAAUAGCAGGCGUUAGAAAAGUUUCUGCUGCAGUUUACUUUGCACCCCCCGGCACAGUUCAGGACAGCGUGGUAUUGUCACAUCCCUGAAUCUGAUAUUGCAAGUGGAAUUGAUAAGAGGUGCAUGGCAAGGUGGUGCCUGGAUCACAGUAGCCCAGCCUCCCCCAGCCUGGCAGCCCCCAGAUGGCAGUGGUGGUCCAGUACAUGUGGUUGGGGAAGGCUGUGGUAGCCUGAUGAAAGCCGUGUGUCGAUUGCAUGUUCUUUGCAUGAUUGCUCAGCUGCUGCCCCCUGCGUGUUGCUGAGUGUGUGGUGUGGAGGCCUUCUCUUGCCCCUUGGAGAAUGACCCACAUGCCAGCCGUGUGCCACCCCUAUCCCCAUGCUGGAUCUUGCUGCCUUCUCUCCCCCGCCCCCCAGCUGAUGCAUCUGUCCAUGUGGUGAUCUGAUGCUUGCUCAUCAGUAAAGGUCAUGGCCGAGUCCCUGGGCAGAGUAGGGGCUCCGCUUCCUUCUCACCAGCUGCUCUGCUGCCCAUGAGAGAAAUAGGUUAGGCACCAAAUGGACAGAUGGAUGGGCAGCUUUGAGGCAGCAGACAGCUGGUUUAACCCACUGGGGGAACACGCCCCCCCCUUUGGUCUCUCUGUGUUUGGGUGCUUGCUGUUUUCUCCUGAGCAGGAGCAGCCAUGCAACUUCCAUGCAACUUUGCUCUGAAGAAGCAGGCAGACCUUCAGCAAGCAGUGUUGUCCAAGACAGUUCCUUCCUACAUCAGCCUGGGCAUGGAGGCUGCUUCUGUCUGUGGCACCCUUGACACAUUUCCGUUUAAAAAGCAAACUGGACAGGGGUGACUUGAUAGAGUUUCAUGAUUUUUUGGGGGGGGGGAGUUUCCCCCCUUUCCCCCCUGCCUAGUGCUAGAACCCCCUGAGUCCACACAGUGAAAUUAACCAGCAGCCAAAUUGGGGCAGACUAUAUAUAAAGAGUUUUGUUUAAUUGUAUGUGUAAUAUAAAUUAUCCAUAUAAAUAAUUUACGGAAUUACGGGAUUAGGAUGGUGAAUUCACAGCAGGGUUGGUGGAUGAAUCAUGGUUGUAAGGUAAGAACCCUUGACUGGUCUCUCUGGGAAAUAGGGGGCAGGAGGCUUCGACUUGAUCCAACAAAACACUUCUCGUGAUUGAGGUGGGGAAAAGGAUCUCCCCCCACCCGUGGUGUGUUUUGGAUCCCUGGAAAUUAAACUUGGGAUUGGAAGCAGCAGCCUGGUUUCAUGAGGAAGUCGGCUGAGACUGACUGACUGAUGACCACCUAGAUGUUGUAUUAAAGGCCUAAAGCAGCCACUUCCCCAACGUGGUGCCCUCCAGAUGUUCGAGACCACAGCUCUUACCAGAUAGCCAGCAAAGCCAAUGGGCAGGAUUGACGGUGGAGGGUUGGGAUCCAAAACAUCGUGGAGGCUGAGGAAGGUGCACACAGGCAGAGGAGAAGGGACAAUAUUGUGUAAUAAACCUGUACAGAUGGAGAGCCAGCCCACCCCGCCCUCCCUGCUUUCCUGUCUGAAUGCAAAGCUUUUAGGAUUAAAGAGGCCAGAGAUUUGACAGGAAAGUUGGGCUUUUGAGAGGCACGUUAUCAGGUGGGAAAGAAGUGGCAAAGCAGGAUGCCUCGACUUCCAGUGUGUUUCUGGGUCCAAUUCAAGGUGCUCAUGUUACCCCAAAUGACAUAGGCCACAAAUAUCUUAAAGGCCACCUCCUUCCCUACAGACCGUCUCAGGUGUUAAGAAGGGCCUGGCUGGUCGUACCGCCUCUCUUAGAAGUUUGGAGGGAUGCCUGAGGGAGGGCAUUCUCUUUGGCAGCUCCCCACAGAGAUGCAUCUGGAUUCCUCACUAUACGGGUGUUACACCUGUGUCACUUAAGCUGUGUGUUUUCAGGGCCCGCCCUAUUCUCGUGCACGUAAUAUGUUUUAACCAUUUUUAAUUCCGAAUUUUCCAUUGUUGUAACCUGCCCUGGGACCCACUGGUGAAGGGCAGGGAAUAAAUUUAGGAAUAUUAAUAGGAAUAAGCAGUGGCGUAGCGUGGGUUGUCAGCACCCGGGGCAAGGCAAGCACCGUAUUUUUCGCUCUAUAAGACGCACCAGACCACAAGACGCACCUAGUUUUUGGAGGAGGAAAACAAGAAAAAAAUUAUUCUGAAUCUCAGAAGCCAGAACAGCAAGAGGGAUCGCUGCGCAGUGAAAGCAGCGAUCCCUCUUGCUGUUCUGGCUUCUGGGGUAGCUGCACAGCCUGCAUUCGCUCCAUAAGACGCACGCACAUUUCCCCUUACUUUUUAGGAGGGAAAAAGUGAGUCUUAUAGAGCAAAAAAUACGGUAAUUUGCGCCCCCUAACCUGUGGAUUUUAGCACUCGAGUGCAAGUGCCCCCCCCAGAUGUUGCGCCCGGUGCGCCCGGCCCGCACCCCCCACGCUACGCCACUGGGAAUAAGUAGGCAUUGUGGCAAGGCUUUCCAAGGCGCAAGUGGGCUGCUCACAGACAGGCAAUUUUGGAAAAAUGGGGAGUGGGGGCAGAAAGCAAGCCUGUGGUAGAGAAACUUGGAAGCAGGAGGAAGGGUCUGCUGGGUGCCGAAGAGGACAGGCAAUGACCGAGGAAGACUUGAUAUUAUAGUCUGCCUUUUGAGCAGCAGAGCUUGGCUCUGAAAGCCAUAUUGUGUAACUGUGUGUGGUUUGUAAUGCAAGCCGGCCAGCAAGCGCCAGGUUCCUGCAGCGGUUGUUGCUGCCACCUCCAGAUGAGAAAACACAUGGAUCCUAUUUCUGAAUAGUGGGACUUCUCUGGUGCUGGGCUAACAGGUGUUCAGUACCUCCUGGCAUUAGCUCUUAACAUUUGCCAGGGAAAGAGUGGUGUUUGGUUGCGUCUAUAUCAGGAGCGGUUUUUCUGUUAAGUCUUGAGAUGCCAUGCAGAUUGGUUGGCCGCUAAAUGAGGUAAAACACAGCAUUUGGGUUCUUGCUUAUUGACAAAGGUUGUGCUGCUAUAAAUCUUUAAAUAAACCUGCAGAAACAAUGACGGUGAAUAUUAACUUUGUGUUUUCUUUUUCCCUCACUCUCCAGCAAAACUGUACAAUCUAAGGUGGACUGCAUUUUGGUAAGUAGCCUUGAAACCAAAGUUGCUUUCAUAUUCACCUAGUUUGUGCAGGGGGUGAGCCUCCUCUGCUUCCAACUCUGUCAGACGCUGCCAGCUUCUUUAAAAUACCCCAGGCUGGGAAGCUUGAAAUGGAAAGCUUUCUGUAGCUGACAGGGAGCAAAAGUACCCUCCUCUUGCAGAGUAGGCUUUUGUCUCAUCACAUGGGAAACAGACCCAGCAGUAAGCUAAAACUAGAUCUUUUAUUUAACAACACCACCCCCUACUUGUUUUAUAAGAAGCCAGGAGAAAAAGAGGUGAAAGAGAAACUGAAACUCACAACUCAAUACAGUGGUACCUCAGGUUACAUACGCUUCAGGUUAUAGACUCCGCUAACCCAGAAAUAGUGCUUCAGGUUAAGAACUUUGCUUCAGGAUGAGAACAGAAAUUGGGCUCCGGCGGCGCGGCAGCAGCAGGAGGCCCCAUUAGCUAAAGUGGUGCUUCAGGUUAAGUACGGACCUCUGGAACGAAUUAAGUACUUAACCUGAGGUACCACUGUAAGGCCAUUUUGCUUUCUGGGCCUAGAAUCCUGGGAAUUGUAAUUAGUUAAGGGUGCUGAGAGGGACGUGGGUGGCGCUGUGGUCUAAACCACUGAGCCUCUUGGGCUUGCUGAUCAGAAGGUCGUGGUUCAAAUCCCCGCGACGGGGUGAGCCCCUGUUGUUCGGUCCCUGCUCCUGCCAACCUAGCAGUUCGAAAGCACGCCAAAAAGUGCAAAUAGAUAAAUAGGUACCGCUCUGGCAGGAAGUCAGGGGUCCCUUUACCUUUUACCUUUAAGAGGUUCCAAAACUCUUUGCAGGACCCAACCAGCAACCAGCCAAUUUUUUCUCCACCACAGAAUGGGCAGGAGGCGCUUGGGCCUUAGUCUUUAGUGGCAGAAUUGCGCUCUCUCUCUCUCUCUCUCUGUCUCUCUCUCCUGGUUUCUAGCAGUGGAAAGAGAGUAGAGAGCCUUCUCUGAUUUGUAUAUAUACAUUGAUAAUGACCACAAAUAAAGUGAUUUUUUUGUCAUCUGGUAACUCAAAGGUUUAUCUGGGGCAAAACAAGCUCUGUGUGUGUGUUUGGUAGAACUCCCUCUUGCACUUUGAUGUGCUUUUGAACAGCUCCUGCCAACCUAGCAGUUCGAAAGCACGUAAAAGUGCAAGUAGAUAAGUAGGUACCGCUCUGGUGGGAAAGUAAACGGCGUUUCCGUGCGCUGCUCUGGUUCGCCAGAAGUGGCUUAGUCAUGCUGGCCACACGACCCGGAAAAACUGUCUGCAGACAAACAUCGGCUCCCUAGUCCUGUAAAGCGAGAUGAGCGCCGCAACCCCAGAGUCGUCUGUGACUGGACUUAACUGUCAGGGGUCCUUUACCUUUUUUUUGUUUUUUAAGGGUGCUGAGAGUUUUUAGGAGACCCCAGUUCCCAUCACAGUUUCAAGAAUACUCCUGGGAAGAUGGAUUGACUGUUAAACCCAUUAUAACUCUUAACAACUCUAAGUGCACCCUUAGCAAACUGCACUUCCCAGAAGUCUUUGGGGGAAGCCAUGGGUUUUUUUUUAGAAAAAAAGAAACUAUUAAUUUUCAGAAUAAAUGCAAAAUACAAACAACAUCAAAUAUACUGAUACAAAAGUAAAAUAAAAAAAUUGGAAGACUAGACUGGAUAAGAGAGAAAGGAAGAAAAUGGAAAAUAAUACCCUACAUUAAUUUGUGUGAUGCAUCUUUUACAAUCACAAUCCAAGGCACCUAGAAAACACUUUAUCCUAAUCUUCUAAAAUAUAUACUCUCCACAAACCUAAUGGGACCAUUGUUCAGUCUCUGUGAUAUAUAUCAAAUAUAUAGACUAAAUAGUAUAAAAAUGAUCUGAUUUAGAUUCUCUCCUAGUUACUUUUCUUUGAUAUGUAAGGCGUUUAGAGAGAGCUAGACUGUGAUUUAAUUUGUUGGCAGCUGCCCAGAUUGGCAGGGGUGACCCAGUCAGAUGGACGGCAUAUAAAUAAUGUAGUAGUAGUUGUUAAGGAAAAUUCUGGGUUGAGAGACUACUCAACAGCCCAGCUCCUCUGGGUACCAGUCCCCCGCGGGUCCAUGCGGUCAGUAAACGUAGGAAAUUCCAGACAAGCAAUUUGGUUUUCUUUCUUUUUUUUUAAAUGAUAUUUAUUAAGGUUUCAAAAGAAGGAUACAUAAAUAAGAAAGAGAAAAAUAGAAAAAAGAAAAAUACAAAAAAAAAAAUUAAAAACAAUUCCAUCAUUUCAUCACUUCUCUUUCAUUUACUUGUUUCCCGGACCUCCUCAUACCUCCCUUUUUUGUAUUCCAGUUCAAUUUAUUAGUCCAGCAAUUCCUUUCCCUCCUUUUUAAUCCUAAUCUUUAAUCUUAAUAUAUUAUAGCAUUAGGUUUUUACGUAUUGAAAAUCCAAUUUUUCCAUAUUCUUUUAUACCAUUACAGCUAGAAACCACUUAACUUCAAUCCAACAUCAUUCUAACAUUCAUUAAUUUUACAAUAUUUCUGUAAGUAGUCUUUAAAUUUCUUCCAAUCUUCUUCCACCGACUCUUCUCCCUGGUCUCGGAUUCUGCCAGUCAUUUCCGCCAGUUCCAUGUAGUCCAUCAUUUUCAUCUGCCAUUCCUCCAGUGUGGGUAGAUCUUGUGUCUUCCAAUGCUUUGCAAUAAGUAUUCUUGCUGCUGUUGUAGCAUACAUAAAGAAAGUUCUGUCCUUCUUUAACACCGAUUGGCCGACUAUGCCCAGGAGAAAGGCCUCUGGUUUCUUCAAGAAGGUAUAUUUAAAUACCUUUUUAUUACAUUAUAUAUCAUCUCCCAGAAAGCCUUAAUCCUUGGGCACGUCCACCAAAGGUGAAAGAAUGUACCUUCAGUUUCUUUACAUUUCCAACAUUUAUUAUCGGGCAAAUGGUAGAUUUUUGCAAGCUUGACUGGGGUUAUGUACCACCUGUAUAUCAUUUUCAUAAUAUUCUCUCUUAAGGCAUUGCAUGCCGUAAACUUCAUACCUGUGGUCCACAACUGUUCCCAGUCAGCCAUCAUUAUGUUAUGUCCAACGUCUUGUGCCCAUUUAAUCAUAGCAGAUUUCACCGUUUCAUCCUGAGUAUUCCAUUUCAACAGCAAGUUAUACAUCUUUGACAAAAUCUUAGUUUUGGGUUCUAACAGUUCUGUUUCUAAUUUUGAUUUUUCCACCUGGAAGCCGAUUUUCUUGUCCAAAUUGUAUGCCUCCAUUAUCUGAUAAUAAUGAAGCCAGUCUCGCACUUUGUUUUUAGUUUUUCAAAACUCUGCAGUUUCAAUCUAUCUCCAUCUUGUUCCAAAAUUUCCCAAUAUUUCGGCCAUUUGACCUCCAUAUUGAGCUUUUUCAGAGCUUUCGCUUCCAUCGGUGACAGCCACCUUGGGGUUUUAUUUUCCAAUAAAUCCUUAUAUCUUAUCCAAACAUUAAACAAUGCUUUCCUGACAAUAUGGUUUUUAAAUGCUUUGUGUGCUUUGACCUUGUCAUACCACAGAUAUGCAUGCCAUCCAAAUACAUUGUUAAAGCCUUCUAGAUCCAAAAUGUCAGUGUUUUCAAGAAGCAGCCAUUCUUUCAACCAGCAAAAAGCUGCUGAUUCAUAAUAAAGUUUAAGGUCUGGCAGGGCAAAUCCACCUCUUUCCUUUGCAUCUGUUAGUAUUUUAAAUUUUAUUCUGGGCUUCUUGCCCUGCCAGACAAAUCUAGAAAUAUCUCUCUGCCACCUCUUGAAACAGCCCAUUUUGUCCACAAUUUGCAAUGUUUGGAACAAAAACAACAUUCUAGGCAAUACAUUCAUUUUUACCGCAGCAAUACGACCCAGCAGUGAAAGCUUCAAAUUUGACCAAAUUUCUAAAUCUUUUUUCACUUUUCACUUUUCACAAAAGUCCAAGAAACUUUGUCAAAAACUUUCUUCGCGUCCACAAAUAUUAAAACUGCCUUAGUAUUUAUAUUCACUUGUAAUUUUUCUAAAAUAUUAAUUAUGUUUCUCAUAUUAUCAGAUAGAUGUCUUCCUGGGAGAAAGCCUGCUUGGUCCUUGUGUAUCUCUUCCAAGCAAUUUGGAGCAAAACAGCAGUCAGUAGGCUUAGAUCCUUUAUUGUUGCGCAACAGGUUCAACAGCAGCAAGUGAACCCAGAGCAUGGGGCAACAUUGACUUUUAAAACUUCCCACCACAUCCCAGAAUACAGUUCGCACAGCAUCAUUGAUACAUCAUCUUUACAUCACUGACGUGUCACCAAAGGGAGGGGUAGACAGGGGUUACACUAGUUCAACCUUGGCAAACAUGUCCAGACAAGUCCUUGGUCCAAGAUUAGCAUAGGCAAAACAUGUCAGGGCAAGACCCAGGUAUAAGAUUAGCAUAGGCAAACACCUCUGAAGUCCCAUCACCCAAAGUGCAAUAGAAUUUCCUUUGCAUGUCCGGACCCCUAUGCAAGACUGGUGAUGGGAUUACCGUAUUUUUCGCACCAUAGGACGCACUUUUUCCCUCUUAAAAAGCAAUGGGAAAUGUCUGUGCGUCCUAUGGAGCGAAUGCAGGGGGGAGGCAGGCGGGAAAAGCCCCCAAGAGCCGCACACAAGCUCCGUGCGCUCUUGCGGGCUUUUCCACAGGAGGGAGAAGGGACUGACUGGCCGCAUCAGUCCCUUCUCCCACCUCCCAGAAAAGCCAGGAGAAGCCGCGAUCUCUUUAAAGGGGUUACGUGGCUUCUGCGGGCUUUUGCGAGAGGUGAGGGAAUCCCCCCACCUCCUAGGAAAGCCAGGAGAAGCCGUGAUCUCUUUAAAGGGGUUGUGCGGCUUCUGCGGGCUUUUGGGAGAGGUGAGGGAAUCCAACCACCUCCCAGGAAAACCAGGAGAAGCCGUGCAGCCCUUUUAAAGUGCGCGCGGCAGUUUUGCGGGAGGUGGAAUUCCCCCACCUCCCAGAAAAGCCAGGAGAAGCCGUGAUCUCUUUAAAGGGGUUGCGCGGCUUCUGCGGGCUUUUGGGAGAGGUGAGGGAAUCCAACCACCUCCCAGGAAAACCAGGAGAAGCCCUGCGCAGCGUCUCCCGGCAAGGAGAGGCUGCACGGGGCUAAAGGGGAAGCCAAAACAGCGAGCGGGAUCCAUCCCGUUUGCUGCCUUGGCUUGCUCCAUAGCUGCGCGCAACCCCUCCGGCAAGGAGAGGCUGCACGGGGCUAUGGCUUCUUUAGCCCUGCGCUGCGUCUCCCGGCAAGGAGAGGUUGCGCGGGGCUAAAGAGGAAGCCAAAACAGCGAGCGGGAUCCAUCCUACUCGCUGCCUUGGCUUGUGCCAUAGCCGCGCGCAACCCCUCCGGCAGGGAGAGGUUGUGCACAGCCUGUACGCUGCUCUUUGGGGCUGGGGGGGGAAAAGAUUUUUUUUCUUGAUUUCCCCCCUAAAAACUGGGUGCGCCCUAUGGUCCGGUGCGCCCUAUGGUGCGAAAAAUACGGUAGGUUUUCCUUGGCCAACAGUCAGCUCAGCAAUUGUCACUUCUGGUUACUUCCUGGAGUCCCUUUUUCAAGGGCAAAAUAGCGUUGGAAUGGAAGAAACUGGCAAAGGAGUUGAUUUUAUAUUAUUUUUAAAGCUAGGUAACUUCCCUGAGCUGUCAAGUUGAAAGGAUACAUUCAGGCAUAAUAUUUGUAACAUUUUACAACUUUAAAGAUGUGCCCUCCCCCGUAAUUUCCGUAACAUAGUAGUAGUAGUAGUAGUAGUAGUAGUAUAUCCCAAACUCUACCCAACCAGUAAUCAACCAAGGGAAGUGAGCAAGAUUUCCAUUGACAGUCUAUUGACAUUCAUGACACCACUAGUAAUAGAAAUACCAGUUUCUUAUGAGAUACUGUGGGAUUUGUAUUGCUUUUUAUCAAAAGCAAGGCCAAUACUGGAUCUGGUGUUAGUGAUUGAUCUAUGAUUUGAGGGAUAAUGCUAAAAACCUUUAUCCAAACACUAUGUAAAACUUCACAUUCCCAUCACAUAUGAAUAUAUGUUCCAAUAGUAUUACUGCCUCACCAGCAUAGUGAAGAGAUGUUUAUAUUGAUUUCUGAAAGCCAUGCCGGAGUCCAAUACCACCUAAGUAUUGUUUUUAGAGUGGAUUCUUGAAUCCUAGAAGAUAGUAGUAUUCAAUGGAGCAUUUACUCAAAUUUGAACCUACUCAUGUUCAUCAAUCUGAAAUUUAAGGUCACCAUCCCAGGAUAUCCUAAGUUGCUGGGAGGAGCCCAUUGCCUAGCUUAUUAGCAACUUGUAAAUAUUGGAUACCAAACCUUUAAAAUUCAGAGAUGUUUGAGCAACUAAGGAUUCAAAAGUAGAGAAAGUAAACAAUCCCCCUUACAAGGUAGAGAUUUAGCAUAUGUAGUAAUUUGAAUUAACUGUGGUAUAUUUCCAAUCUUUUCCUUUAGGGUAGACAGGGAAGGAUGACUAUUAGGAAUAAUAUACUUAAUUCUAUAAAUUCCUGCUGCCUUCCAUUUUUUAUAUUGUACAUAUUUAUCUGUAAGGCAGAAUGAUGGGUGGUCCAGUACGGGAAUUAAAGGGGAUGUAGGCAGAGCUAAAUGUGAACACCAUCUCUUAAAGUGUUUAAAGUGGUAUGAUACUGAUUUAAAUGUAUAGUGCAGAUGGGGCCUAAAAGAUUGAGGACACAAGAAAUUUAGAGAAGAGUUCUGUAUUGAUUGCUGAAAUUGAAACCAUAGCAGUUUAGCUGUAAUUACAUUUUGUGCAAAAAUAUACACUCUUCGCUACUGACUGUGAACUCUGUUAAAAAUUCUGUAUUUAGCAAGAAGUUGAGAAGUUUACAGAUCUACAGAAACUCUACCUCUACCUUCAGCUGCCUUCUGGUCCUAGCAAUGGAGAGAAAAGGUAUGUACGUGUCAGAAUAGUCAUAUAAUUCACAUUUGCUGCCUAAUUUCCUGUUGUUUGGUGUGACAAACAGAUGUUUUGUUGAAAGGCUGCUGAGGAAGUUGGAAAGACAAAGAAGUCUGUACCUUGUGGCAGUCUGGCUGUGGCUCUGUCCCACUGCCCAGGACCAGACCUCAUCAUUGGGGUGGGGUUAGGGUAAUAGGCGUGAUAGAAAAGUGGGGUGGGGGUACUGCCUUUGCUGACCAGCUCCCUCUCCUUGUUGUCUCUGCCAUUGUGGGUGGUGAUAACUUUUUGUUCAUUAGAUAUUAUCUUUCCCUUCCUUUGAUAUCUCAAAAGUACACCUAUAUUCGAGGUGUUGGCAACAGGCAAAAUUGCAGAAAGCAGAUUGGUUAAGAGUCCAGGUGAUCUAUUGAAACUGGAACCUCCAUGGAACCCGAGUCUGCCAGUCUGUCCUUCCUCUGCUUUGGAUUCAGUACACAUUGGAUGGUAAUAUCGCAAUAAUAAAAGUCGUCCUAAUUGACCCCCUUUUCUCCUGGCUCAGCGAUCAGCUGUCUGUGUCAUCCAGCCGCGCCCAGCAAAUGCACGCCUUCUCCUGGAUCCGUAACACCUUAGAGGAGCACCCAGAGACAUCCCUCCCCAAGCAGGAGGUGUAUGAUGAGUACAAGUGAGUGUUUUCAAAUGUAUUGUGGGGAGGUGGGUUUACUUGUGCACUGGGAGAAUAUCAAGGAGGAGGGAGUCCCUGAUUAAACAAUGAAAUACUUACUUGUGCUGCAAAGCAGAACAGCACUGCACAAAGCUGGGCAGGGGGAGCCCUCUUGAAUAGUGGAGGGCAGGGGUCGGCAACGGUUUUUGAGGCCGAGCCGGUCCACUCCCUGGCAGACCUAUCGGUGGGCUGGAGUGUGCGCACCUGCGCUCGCUCAUGUGCUCAAGCUAGUUCCAGUGCUCUUCCGGGUCGGAAGAGCGUAUGCACAUGGGCGCUUCUCUGUCCCGCGUACACUAUUUUUGGCGCUCUUCCAACCUGGAAGUCGGUCCCCGCGGCGAGAAAAAAAAUGGCGCUGUGAAAAAAGCAUGGAAUCCCCACACCAAUCCACGGAACCCACUGCUGCCGCACACUCGCCUAGGCAUCAGCAGUGAUGGGCAGAGCAUGGCAUGUGUGUGGCAGCAGCACACAGCAGUCAGAGACCACACUUCGCUUUUCUUCAUGGGCAGGCCGGCCCUCCUGCUAGGUUCUGUCUCACUAGGAGAGUUGCACGGGCUCAGCCAGACAAUGGCAGAAUUGCUCGUUCAGCUUUCAGGUUCAGUGUGCUGGCAAACGUAGCCGAGCGUCUCUCCUCCCGUGGCUUUGUAAAUUAUUAAUCCCCGUUGUACGGCCUAUAAAAGUGAUCCCUUGACCCACAAAGGCUGCAUGGUAGAUGGCCGAGGCAACAGCGCUGGCGUGUGUGUGAACCAAAGGGCAACAGUAAAAGCUAUUUGAGUGCCGAAAUGUACUAGAUGGAAGUGGGGUGCUUGUCUGGGCACGGGAAGUGUUUCAUGCCCUCUGCUUUAUGCAUAGCACAGUAUUAGCUGCUCGGUAUUUUCAAAAUCAUUUGCUGCUUCCCACAUAAGGUGCUGGUUGUCACACCCUAAGCUGUGCACAGCACUUCUGCACUUGCUAGUCCGGCAUGAAAUUCUUCCCCCUUUCAAAGGCAGCCCUGUGGGUUCUGCCGUGCCCUUUCCCUCCUGCUUGAAGGCUUUCCCAAGGAAACCCCCAGAGGGGGUCCCCAUUACAGGUGUGUCUCAGAUGUGGUCCUCAGCAGCUGAGGAAAGCUGCCUCUUGGAUUCUCCCCUGGAAAGGUCACAUCCGGGCUGUGUGGGCAGGCGAUGAUGGGCGCUGCAGUAUCCUGCCUCCACUGUUAACUUGAACUGCCACUCCUGCCUGUUUCCUGCUGCACUUCCGAAGAGAAGGGAGGACUUUUGGGGACAGGUUAUAACUUAGUAGUAGAGUGCGGGCUUUGCAGGUGGAAUGACCCAAGGAACUUGUUUGGCUAGGGAUGAUGGGAGCUGGAGUCCUGCAGCAUGUUGGACCAUAGGUUCGUCAUCCCUGGUUUAAAAGGUGCAUACUGCUUUUCCAGAAAGUAGUCUAAAGCACUUUGGAGCUGAUUGACUCAACAUAGAUGGCCCUCAUUUUGAUCCUGUGCCUGAUCCCCUGUUUUUUUUUGGUGGGGGUUUGGUUGCUUAUCACUGGAGGGGCUGUAGCUGAAUGAAUGACAGAGCACAUGCUUUGUGUGCUGAAGGUUGUAAGUUCGGUUCCCGGCACUCCCAGUUGGCAGGCAGCUUUCUGUGGCCUAGUCAGAGCAUACCACUGACCAGGACUUUGGGGAAUUAAUAGCUGGACAGUACCAUGUUGGCUACCCUGGGUUAGAUAGGCCAGUGAUUUGGGGACAGGCCAAAGCUAUAUGGAUGGAUCAAGCUAUGGUCUUAGUAUAUAAUGUGCAUUAGCAGUCUAAGACAAUAGCCAGUUACAUCUGGGCAGCAUAGUUUCCUAUUUCUAAAAAAGGCUGUGUGUGAAUGAGGGGGAGAACAGGCUUGUCCCUUUUUUUUGCUUGGCUUUAGCCAAUUCCAGUCCUUCUUAAUGCAGGAGCAGGAAGCUUCCUACCUGCGGGUCUUAUGUACAGGUAUUACAAAAGACUGACUAGAGUCUUUGGAAUAUGUACUGGCCAGGAAUCAAAGAUCACACGGGAAAUGUUGAAUUGUUUGUUCAUCUGAAAACUUUUGUAGGCUGUCGGAGGAGCACCGUUUGGAAAACUUGUUUUGCUUUCUUGUCCAAACGUGUUGCAACAUUUGUGAAAAUUAUACUUAUAAAAUAUGAAAGGGGGUGGGUGGGAUCAGACCUGUUACUUAGGGACACUUACCCAUUAUAUGCAAGCCUCUUUGAGAUGAACGGAACCUCUCCAAACUGAGGCAAUGGGCUGUGAAAUUGCAAAUGCAAUUUAGUGUAAACAGGUGUAAAGUGAUGCACAUUGGUCAUGGGGGGGGGGAAUCUUCGUUUCACAGUUAUGCUGCUGGGGUCACUGGAGGUGACUGACCAGGAACAAGACCUUGGGGUUGUAGGGGAUAGCUUGAUGAAGGUGUCGGUCCAGUGUUCAGCAGCUGUGAAAAAGUUGAUCCAGGAAGGGAAUAGACUUCCAGGACUUCUGGGGAGGAAGAUGGCAGACUAGGCAUCUCUUGCGAGAUAAUUAUGUGGUGAUUAAAGAUAGCCAAGCCAUAAGUCUUGGUUGUCACACUCUCUCUGGGAAGACAGAGAGAACGGAAAAUAACAUCUGAUUUUCUGAAAAAGCAGCUUUCCAUGCUGGGAGACUGAGAAGUUUUGAGGGACCCAACAGGGGUGAGUAACCUAGACCAGAGGAACUGCUCAAACACCUCAUAGUAGUCCUGAGAGUGAGUCCUUAGGGCGUAAGGCCAGCAAAACCUCCAUUUAUUUUAAUUACUUUUAAGACUGUUAGAAAUUACAACUGAAGUGAUGGUUGAAAUUUGAGUCUGGAAUGUGAACUGAUUCCUGGCUUAAGAAGAGACAAUCAUUAAAUAGCUGAAUGCAAAACAGAAAGCAUGUUUUAAUUCUUUGUGUCUAAGAAAGAUUCUAAACGGUUAAGGGGUGUUCCAACUGUUAGAACUCUUUAUUUUAUUUUGUUUUAUUUUUAACCUUUCGUCCCUUUGGUGAAAGUGCUGGCUGCAAAAGUUAAACUAGUUUAUCUAUGCCACUGUGGGAAAAGAAUGUGGUCUGGAGAUAAGGAGACUAAGAUCUUAAGGUGGAGAGUGAAUUGUUAAUAAAACCAAGAACAUUCAGUAUGGCAGAAACACUGUUGGGCACCCCAUUGACUGCUGGCAUCGUGCAGCGACUACUAUAUGAGCAAUUAAAAGAAAUCAGGGCUGAGAUGGAUAACACGGUGAAUGAAAAUGGAACAGAUAAAUAAUGUGGUUAAAGAAGACGCAGAACCUUUGGAUAAUAAUACUGAUAAAGGACUGUCAGAACAGGAGUGUGGAAUGGUAGAGCUGGGAAGGUCCACCCCCUUCUGUGUGAGACAAGAAGUAAGUUCUAGCUUUGAGAGAGGGCUUUGUAUUUACUUUGGGUUUUUUGUUUUUUGCUUUUUAAAAUUUAGAUUAGUUUGCUUUUUAUUUCAUUGUAUGAUGAAAAGGUUUCCACAAAAAUUUAUGUGGAGAAAAAUAUAAAAAAAACUGCCAGUAUCGUUAUGCCGUUAUACAUAUAUGUGGUUGAGACCAUACUGGAAUUCUGUGUACUCUUCAAGUUGCCUCACCUCUGAAAGGAUAUUGCAGAGCUGGAAAAGGUUUAGAAAAGGGCAACUAAAAUAAUUAAGGGGUUGGAGCAACUCCCUUGCAAUAAAUGGUGACAACAUUUGGGUUUUUUAAAUUUUGAGAAAUGGUGACUAAGGAGAAACAUGAGGUGAAUAAAUGAUGGAUGGUGUGCAGAGAAUGGAUAGGCCUCUCUCAUAAUACUAAAGGUUGGGGACAUCCAAUGAAGCUGAAUGUUAGGGCAGACAAAAGGAAGUACUUCUUCACAUAGUUUAACUAUGGGAUGCACUCCUAUGAGGUGUAGCGAUGGCCACCAACUUGGCUGGUUUUUUAAAAGGAUUAGACAAAUCCAUGGAGGGUAAGGCUAUUAACAGCUACGGCCCUAAUGCCUGUGCUCUACCUCAAUGUGCCUUUGAAAACAAGCUGGUGAUCGCAGACGAGGAGAGCCUUCUUGCCGUGUUCAGGACCGCGACAUAGCGCAUCAUAGCGGACAUGUGGUUGACUACUGCGGGAAUGGAAUGUGGGGCCAAAUGGACCCUUUGGCCUGAGCCGGCUUAAGUUGUCACUAGACAAUCUCAUGGGGAAAUUAUCCUGGGGAUGGGAUGGGAUCAAACUGUAGCUGGAUUCAUGUGGUCCAUAAAAAUGGUUGGAGCUGGUAGCCUGGAGGCAGAGUUGGGCAACCAGGUGGCUAGACCCAACCAAGUAGGCAUGCGGGGGGAAACAGAGCAAGGCAGCAGCCUCUGUGACUGACUGGGACCCCUGCAGCUAAGGCCACUGUGGGGCUGUCCUGAGAGGGAGCCUGGCUUUUCCAGGGCUGCUGACCCUGUUUCUUUGGUACUCCAGGAAAAGGCCAAAGCACCAGACAUGUGGAUUCGGCCUUAAAUGCUGCUUUGCUGAUCUAGAUAAUUUAAUACUAAUUAUUUAUUAUUUCUACCACACCCAUCUGGCUGGGUUUCCCCAGACACUCUGGGCGGCUUUCGACAGAACAUUAAAAACAAGAUAAAACUUCAAACAUUAAAAACUUCCCUAAACAGGGCUGCCUUCAGCUGUCUUCUAAAAGUCGGAUAGCUGUUUAUUUCCUUGACAUCUGAUGGGAGGGCGUUCCACAGGGUGGGUGCCACUACCGAGAAGGCCCUCUGCCUGGUUCCCUGUAACCUCACUUCUCGCAGUGAGGGAACUGCCAGAAGGCCCUCGGAGCUGGACCUCAGUGCCUGGGUAGAACGAUGGGGGUGGAGACGCUCCUUCAGGUAUACUGGGCCGAGGCUGUUUAGGGCUUUAAAGGUCAGCACCAACACUUGGAAUUGUGCUCGGAAACGUACUGGGAGCCAAUGUAGGUCUUUCAGGACUGGUGUUAAAUGGUCUCGGCAGCCCCUCCAAGUCACCAGUCUAGCUGACGCAUUCUGGAUUAGUUGCAGUUUCCGAGUCACCUUCAAAGGUAGCCCCACGUAGAGUGCAUUGCAGUAGUCCAAGCGGGAGAUAACUAGAGCAUGCACCACUCUGGUGAGAUAGUCCAUGGGCAGGUAGGGUCUCAGCCUGCAUACCAGAUGGGGCUGGUAGACAGCUGCCCUGGACACAGAAUUGACCUGCGCCUCCAUGGACAGCUGUGAGUCCAAAAUGACUCCCAGGCUGCGCACCUGCUCCUUCAGGGGCACAGUUUCCCCAUUCAGGACCUGGGAGUCCCCCACACCCACCCACCCCCUGUCUCCCAAAAACAGUACUUCUGUCUUGUCAGGAUUCAACCUAAAUCUGUUAGCCGCCAUCCAUCCUCGAACCGCCUCCAGGCACUCACACAGGACCUUAACCACCUUCACUUGUUCUGAUUUAAAAGAGAGAUAGAGUUGGGUAUCAGCCUUGCCCCAGUCCUGCUCUCAUUCAUUUCUACUUGUUUCCCUUUUGUUUCAGGAGCUAUUGUGACAAUCUUGGAUACCAUCCGUUAAGUGCUGCUGACUUUGGGAAGAUCAUGAAGAAUGUCUUCCCCAACAUGAAGGCUCGCCGUCUAGGCACAAGAGGAAAAUCAAAAUAUCCUUUGUGGAAAUGUCUUUGAAACCAUUUCACUUAACUUUCCUGGAAAUCAGGGUCAGCAUCAAAGGGUGGCAUUCCCCUGGACCUGUUCCUCCUCUUCACUGCGGCAGCCUGCUUGUUCACCUGUCCUUCACUCUUGCAAGGAAGCAACAGUGGCAGGGAGGAGAAAGAAGGCUGGCCAUUUGCUCAUUGACAUUGUCUGGCAAGAGCAAGCAGACAAUGGCAGUGGUGAGGCCAAGGUAGCUUUGGCCAUGAGUAGGGGGAGCACAGGGGGGCAGUUUGCCUCACUAUAAGAGUGGGGGUCCAUUGAAGGCCUGGAAGGAACAAUAGAAAGACAGAGCUCCUCUCUUAACCCUUGAUCAUUUUUGGAUCAUGCCUGCAUUUCUGCCCUUAAAUUCAGAAAGGACGUUCUGUUGACCAAUCAGCUUUGUAUCUAUGUUAGGUCUGUGUAAGAAAGUUAAUUUAAUGCAAAGGGAAACAAUGCAAUUUUACAAUUAUUUACACCUUAAUUUUUAAAAAUCACGUAUUGCUAUAGUGGACUUCGGAAGAAAGCUUUUGUGCAGAUGCCGACACUCCCCAACCUUGACUUCCACAAAACUGCCGAUGGGGUAAAGUAGACACCUGAGCUGUUGGGCAGAAUGAUUAAGACCUUUUAGGUAGAAGAAAAGGGCUUUAAGGAAAGCUGACAGCUUAGCGUUGCAGAAUUAAAGAUCACUGGGUUUGCUUUGCAGAAGUUGGAAUGUUUAAAACGAAGGGAUUUCAUUAUGUAGUAAAAUGGGAAGGAGGCACAACCUUUUAAAACACAAGGUAAACCAUAAGGUCAAAGACUCCUCUGACGCUUGAGCUUGUUACAUUUCGCGUACACAUUGGGUGGGAAGAGAACAGCUCCUCUGCUUUCAGAAAUAUACUGCUUGUCACUUUGGAAAUGUUGGGGCCAGGUGCCUGCCACAAGACACAAAGAGCAUGUUUUCACUAUAUAUUUUUGCAUCUGUCCAAAUGCAGAUGUGACCACCUCAUGUCUGCAAGCAGUAGUGUGGGAAAUGGCAUUAAAAGAGGGGGCAGAUUUUAUCCAUAACUUUUUUUGGGGGGGAGAGCAUCUUUGGGGGCCCUCCAGAUGUUGCCACACUCCAGACUCCCAUCACCACCGUCCAUAACCAUUGGCCAUGUUGGCUGAUGGGGACUGAUUGAGACCAUCAACAUCUGGAAGUUCCCCGCAGGCAUUCCAUAAGCACUUUUUUGAAAUGAGCAAACCUGAUUUCAAUUUCCUUUUGUUAAAAUGGUUACUGAAGCUUAGAGUAUGUUUUAUAUCAGGUGUAGGAAAUUUUGCAGAGCCACCAUGACAGUGUCUGAAAUAAUUUUAAAAGGCUAAAUCAGAGUGGAAAACCCACUUCAGGUCCUUCAAGAACCCCAACAUAAUGCCAGAAUUCUUUUACUUACCUUACUGUGUUAUGGAAGGGACACCAUGGAGCUUGUGGCAAAAAUAGUGAAUCCUUUUCAAGGGAAGCAAAGUAUCAACAAACCCUCACUCAGGCCUUCCUUAAGCAGCAGCUCAGUACUAGCCCCAAUCUCCAUGGCUAGAUUGAAAUGCUGUGUACUUUUCACGUACUAUAGUGAAGCUGUUGCUGUUGCUCAGGGUCUCCUUUUUGUUUUUGUUUCAGCUGGAAGGGGCAGAGUCCUCUGGGCACCUGCAGAGCGCCGACGAAGAGGUGGUGUCAGCUGCCUGCCAGCUGGUCUGCCAGUGGGCCCAGAAAGUGCUGAGCCAGCCCUUCGAUUCCGUCUUGGAUCUGGCCCGCUACCUGGUCAAAAGCCACUACAUAGGCACUAAAUCAAUGGCAGCUUUAACCGUGAUGGCUGGUGCCCCGGCAGGUGAGGAGGUUUGGCUUAGUGCACCACUUGAUGUGCUGUUCCUGGGAGGAGAAAAACUGUUGGCGUUUUCCAUGUUAUAAGGGGGCGGGGUUGGAGGGUUCAUAUUCCCCUGCUAUAAAUAUGAGUGUGGUGGGCCCAUGCUGAAAUCUCAACAGAUUUCUCUUGAAAAGGCAUUUUGGGACUUUUUUUUUUUUUUUAAGUAAUUUUUAUUAAAGUUUUAAACAACAAAGAAAUAAAAGAAAAACAUACACAAUACAUAUAACAAAAACACAAAAAACAAAAAAACAAAAGUAAGAUUCAACAAUAAAAAUACAAGAAACAUAACAAUUAAAAACAAUAUUUCUGUUUCAUUUCCGUUUUUUAGUUGCUUAUUUUCUGGACUUCCUCAUACCUCCCUCUUUUGUAUUCCAAUCCAAAUUAUUUGUCCAGCAGUUUCUUUUCCACUUUUUAAUCCCAAUCUUUAAUUUGAUAAGAUAUUAAAAUAUAUAACUUCAACUUCUUUAAACCUAAUCCUUGGUCUUAAUAUCAUAUACCAUUAAAAUUUUCCCUCUUAAUAUCAAAUUUCCAUUUCUUUAAACAUCUUUAAUCUUAAUCUUUAAUCUUAGUCUAUCAUUAACUUUAACCUGUACAGCUGGAAACCUCUUGUUUUCAGUCCAACAUCACUCUAACAUUCCUUAAUUUUGCAGUGUUUCUGAAGAUAGUCUUUAAAUUUCUUCCAAUCUUCCUCCAUCAACUCUUCUCCCUGGUCACGGAUUCUACCAGUCAUUUCCGCCAAUUCCAUAUAGUCCAUAAGUUUCAUCUGCCAUUCCUCCAGCGUGGGAAGUUCUUGUGUCUUCCAAUACUUUGCGAUGAGUAUUCUUGCUGCUGUUGUUGCAUACAUAAAGAAAGUUCUAUCCUUUUUUAACACCUUUUGGCCGACUAUGCCCAGGAGAAAGGCCUCUGGUUUCUUAGGGAAGAAGGUAUACUUAAAUACCUUUUUUAAUUCAUUAUAUAUCAUUUCCCAGAAAGCCUUAAUCUUUGGGCACGUCCACCAAAGGUGAAAAAUGUACCUUCAGUUUCUUUACAUUUCCAACAUUUGUUAUCGGGCAAGUGAUAGAUUUUCGCAAGCUUGACUGGGGUUAUGUACCACCUGUAGAUCAUUUUCAUAAUAUUCUCUCUUAAGGCAUUACAUGCCGUAAAUUUCAUACCUGUGGUCCAUAACUGUUCCCAGUCAGCAAACAUAAUGUUAUGUCCAACGUCCUGUGCCCAUUUAAUCAUAGCCGAUUUUACCGUUUCAUCCUGAGUAUUCCAUUUCAGCAGCAAGUUAUACAUUCUUGACAAAUUCUUAGUCUUGGGUUCUAACAAUUCUGUUUCUAAUUUGGAUCUUUCCACCUGGAAGCCAAUUUUCCUGUCCAAUUUAAAGGCAUUUUGGGACUUUUGGUUCAUUCUUGUUGGCCUGUCAGUAAUCCGGUUUGGGGAGCAGAGUUUUCUAUGCACUGGCUCCAAGGAUUAUUGCAUGUUGUCUGUCUGUCUGUCUGUCUGUCUGUCUGUCUCUCUCUCUCUCUCUCUGUGUGUGUGUGUGUGUAGUUAGAGUUCCAUUAUCCUGUACACUGCUUAGAAAUAUUAAACAUAUUAGCGGUUUGGAAGUACUUCUUAAAGAAAGAAACUUUAACAAGGGGGCCACUUGGGACAAAUUCCUUCCUAUAUUAAACUGAGGGUGGUACAGUCCCUGCAGUGGGAUCCUGCUAUUUCACCUGAUAGGUGAGUUUUCUGUAUGCAGGGUAUUUUAUUGUUAAAUAUUUCCCCACUGUAUGACCGGAAGCAGUGCAGUCUGAGGAAGGCCUUUUCUCCUGAAAGUCCGUGUGCCACUUGGCAUGCAAGCAUCUCUUAUCUGCCUGGGAAACGUUUGGUCUCUUGUCUAGAGCUGCAGCAAUGACUCUGCGUGGGGGGGGGGGAACAGGCCUAACUCUGCACCAUGGAAAGACCCACCAGCUAUCUGGUUGCAAUACAGGAGGGCCUACAGACUCCUGCAGCAGGUGGACUUUACAAUCGUUUAGUUGUUGUUAUUUCCAUUUUACAACUUCUAUUUUCAUUUCUGUAUACAAGGAGGAGACUUGUGUCUCACAGAGAUGUGUUGGCUGGGGACCUUACAAAAUUUAUUCACUGCCACCUCCUGCCAGGCAUUUGAGGUGUUCUUAGGCAACAGUGGGAAACUCCCGGCCUUUGGGCCCAGUUAGGCCUGGCACAGGUCCCAGCUUGGGUCAUGAGGUGUUUCCCCACAAACCGUGCCUGUGUGAUGUCAUAUGUGGGGCAGGUAUGUCCAAGACUACAGAGGGAUAACUGGAAGCUUAAUGUGAGCUCCCAAUUCAAGUGGGGCUCCUCACUGGGAGUUCCUUACCUUAGCUGAGGAUUAAAGCAAGACCCUUUGAAGGCACACACCCUGCACCAGUCAGCUGAUUAGUGCCAAAUGCACGCCUUUAAAGGAGGUUACUGCAGCAGCUGACCAGCAGUCACAACGACCGCCUUUGAACUUGGACAAUAGUUGUUGUGGUUAAGCAGGCUGUGUGGCUUUUGCAGUUGUAGUGUUGCUGAUAAGCCUGGUGUUGUGCUCCUGCAGGUACCUGAGGGCACAACCCUCUCCUCCUGUGCAAGUGAAUCCGAACUGCGUCUGAAGAGCUCGGCCGAGGAUUGUGUGGGCCAUCGUUUCCCAUGCUGGUGCCCCCCUGCCAUUUGGGACUACAACUCCCAUCAGCCACAGCAUCGUAUGACUGAGCUGGCUGGGGCUGAUGGGAGUUCUGGACCAACACAGCAGGAAGGCUGGUGUAGGUGCUCAAAUGGCAGGCCUGCCUUACCCGCCCUCCUCCUCAUCUUUUCCAGGAAUCAAAGGGAUCCCCCAGCCUUCGGCUUUUGUCCCAACCGCAGAGAGCAAUUCCUUCCAGCCCCAGGUGAAGACUCUGUCCUCCCCAGUUGAUGCAAAGCAGCAGCUGCAGCGGAAGAUCCAGAAGAAGCAGCAGGAGCAGAAGCUGCAGUCGCCUUUGCCAGGAGAGUCCCCGGCCAAGAAGGUGGAGGGCACCACCAGCAAUGGGGUCACCAGCCUUUCCAAUGGGAGCCCAGCCAUCUUGUCUCCUCAGCCCAUUGGCAUUGUCGUGGCUGCUGUUCCCAGCCCUAUAACGGUAAGCUGUGGGCGUGGAUCUUGGUAGACACAGGGGGCCCUAAACCUUUUGCUGACCUCCCCAUGGGCUUCCAGGUGGGUAAUAAAUUGGGGUGGAGUUAUCUUGGGUACUGUGUAUGAUGAUUAGUAGAGGAAGACAGAUGAAUUCAAAGUUAUUUUCUCUGGAGAUUUAUUUGGGGGGAAUACAUGGAAGGAAUUGAACUGAUUUGUAGCAGGCUUUAAAAAAAAAUUAAAUGGGGUUAAACAAAUGGAAGCGAAAGUGAUUUGGGGUGAUCCGAGGGUGGGGUGCAGAUUUAUUGUAGAACUUUUUCUGGUGUGAUUUGGAUCAGGAAAUUAUCUGGCUUGGCCUUCUGUGACAUUUAAAAUCUAAGCGUGAAUCUAUAAAUAAUAAACUAGCAUUUACGGAUUUUAUGCAGGUUUGCGCCUGUGGCCCUGUGCUUUCAUGUACCUUGCAAGAUCCCUGACAAUUGGGAAAUGCAGCUAUGCUCUCCUUUCUUGUUCCUUGGUGAGGUCACCCGACGGUCGGGGUGGGGGAGAGAACAGGAAGCCUGGGGGGGAAGAGGGAGGGGAGGAGUCUCCCUUGCUGAAAAAGUGGAAUAAGGCAGGUAGAGAGGUAGGAAAAAGGUGCAGCUGAGAAUCAACAUGUGGCAGCCACAGGGAGUCACAUGGAAGUUUGACGGUGGCAAUGAAGAGAUCCUUGGCGAUUUUGUGAGGGUUGUGGACUGUCAGUGCAGCAGAGUGGACGAAAGAUGAGUUUCAGUGGACAGCCCACUCUAAGAGUUUGGACAAUAGUUGGUGAGGCAGGAGGUGUUGAGGAAGCCUUUUUUUGAGAAUGGGGAAGAGACACGUGUUUGGAAGCUGCAGGAGUUGAUUUUUGAUUGACAUGAGUGGGUCAGAGAAUAAAAAACAUAGGGCAUGGGAGAUUGUAAGGUGGGGGGCUGUGUGACUGGUUUUAUAAAAGGAGUAACUGGAACCUCAUUUCCCUCCCCCCACAGGUGCCGAGGACCCGGCAGUUGGUGACGUCGCCUAGUCCUGUGGGUUCAGCCGAUGGCAAAGUUCUCCCGCUCAACGUCCAAGUGGUCACCCAGCAUAUGCAGUCGGUCAAGCAGUCACCAAAGACCCCCCAGAAUGUUCCCGCCAGCCCUGUGGGUGAUCGUUCUGCCAGGCACCGCUACCCUCAGAUCCUGCCCAAGCCUGCCAACACCAGUGCCCUCACCAUCCGAUCCCCAACGACAGUGCUGUUCACAAGCAGCCCCAUUAAGACCGUUGUCCCUGCUCAGCACAUGAACGUGGUGAAAAUGACCACCAUCUCCCUCGCUCCGAGCAGCAGCAGCACCGGCAGCACGCCGGUCAAGCACACGCCUUCAGUUGUCAGCGGUUCCGGAGCAGCCGAUGAGUUGAGGACUGUCCCGCAGAUUCAGAAUGGGUCCGUCGUUUCGCUUCAGUCUCCAGGGCCCAAAGCUGGUGGCAGUGGAGGAGCAGCAGGAGGAGGCUUGGCUCCCUCUGCGUCUUCAGUUGAGGUCAAAAUGGAGCCAGAGGCAGCCCUGGAGGAGACAGUGCUGCGGUGCCAAGAGAACUCAGACGCCUCUAAAGUUGCAAAGGUUGCUCCAAGCACCUCAGUUGGGCAGCAGAGGAAAGGUGAAGCAGAACUGUGGAAAGGUCAAGCCGAGGAGGUCCGCGGAGACGGGAAGUGUGUCCAGGGCUGUGACCCGAGAGCCGAGGAAGCAGGAAGGAAAAGCCUUGCCCAGCCCACUGAAUCCCACCCUGUUCCCACAUUGGAGAUCAGCCCUGGCACGAUCACUCCCUCGGUUGCUAUGCAGACCUUCUCUGGCACCAGCAUCCCUGUGCCUCCCGGUGGUGACAAAGUGUGUGCUAAAAGCCCAAGGAAGCGGCUGCCAUCUGCCUUUACAGACUCCCAGGGCCCCCCAGUCAAGAAGCUCUCUGUGGGGCAGGUCUCUGCAGCCAGCACAGAAGCCCCAAAAGCGGGAGGUGUGAAGAAAGUGCAGCAGAGAGUGGUGGCUGUGGCCAAGAGCGACGGGGCUGCAGCACUUGUGCAGGUGCCUGGCAAGGUGACCAUCAAAGUCCAUUCUGCGGUGCCCAGCAGCUUAGUGACCACUUGCCCCCUGGACGCCGACCUUGUUCUUGACUCCAGCGAUCCCACUUUAGGGCAGCAGCUGGCAGACUCCUCUUCAGACAUCAAAGUGAAGUUGGAAGGGAACGUGUUUGUCUUAGAAAGCAGUUCCCAGCCCAGUGACGGCUUUAGCCCCAACAUAUGGCAGCAUCUAGCAAAGAGCUCCGACUUUGCCCCUCUGAACUGCGAGCAGCAGCCGCUGCAGGAGGACGUCGGUGUUAUGGCUCUUGCGGAACACGCUGGCGGCUCGGAGGCCUUGCCGAAGUCUGUCUGGGAGCCAGUGCACUUUGAAGGGCUCCAGCAGGCAGCUGCCUACGGCCAGCAGGUGCAGAGCCAGGGGCCAGAGCCCUCUCUGGAGCAGCAGCUGCAAGCGCAGGCGCCAAGCCAGUUAGCUUUGCAGCCGGAGCUCAAGGAGUUUGAGGAUGCCGCCUCGCAGUCCAACGAGAACUUCUUCUCCUUCGACGACGACCUGACCCAGGACAGCAUCGUGGAGGAGUUGGUGCUCAUGGAGGAGCAGAUGUCCAUGAACAGCUCUCACCUGUACGGAAGCUCCUUGGGCAUGGCCCUCCAGAGCCAGGGGGCGGCCCAGGGGGCAUCCCUGUCCUCUCACGCGAGCAGCACCCACUUCUACCACCCGAUCCACAACAGCGGCACCCCUGUCCACACCCCAACGCCCACGCCCACCCCGACACCUACUCCCACGCCCACUCCAACGUCCGAACUCAUUGCGGGAUCGCAGGGCGUGUCGCGAGAGAGCCCCUGCUCCAGGAUGGCUCAGACAACGCCCGUCGACAGUGCCCUGGGGAGCAGCCGGCACACGCCAAUCGGCACGCCCCAUUCCAACUGCAGCAGCAGCGUCCCGCCGAGCCCCGUGGAAUGCAGGAACCCCUUUGCCUUCACGCCCAUCAGCUCCAGCAUGGCCUACCAUGAUGCUAGCAUCGUCUCCAGCAGCCCCGUCAAGCCCAUGCAGCGGCCCAUGGCCACGCACCCCGACAAAACCAAGCUGGAGUGGAUGAACGCCGGGUACAGCGGAGUGAGCAACCCGCCCGUCUCCAGCCAUGGGAUCCUCCCGAGCUACCAGGAGCUGGUGGAAGACCGCUUCAGGAAGCCCCACGCCUUCGCCGUUCCCGGCCAGUCCUACCAGUCUCAGCCGCGGCACCACGACGCCCAUUUUGGCCGCGUGACUCCUGUCUCUCCCGUCAGCAGCGCCGGCAGCAAGCAGGAGGGCUUCGCUGUGCCUGCGCCCCUCGACGGCAAAGGGGCGGGUUCCUCCCAUAACAGCAGCUUCAGGUGCCGGAGCGUCAGCCCUGCCGUCCACCGCCAGCGCAAUCUCAGUGGGAGCACCGCUUGCCCUGCUGGCAAUGUGCUGCGCUCCAGCACGACGACGGCCGCGACCGCAGCGCCCUUCGGCAGCCCCGUCACUCCGGAAGUCCACAACACCUUCAGCGCCGUCCACGCGGACGCAAGUGCCAGCAGCCUUGCACAGAGGAGCCAGUCGGUCCCCUUGACCGUCAUGAUGCAGACGGCUUUCCCGCCUCCUCAGAAGCAGGCGAAUUCUAAGAAGAUAACAAAUGUCCUGCUGAACAAGCUCGAUUCGGAUAACGAUGACGCAGUGAGGGGCCUGGGGAUCAACAACAUGCCCUCCAACUACACAGCCAGGAUGAACCUGACCCAGAUUUUAGAAACUUCCUCUUCCACGUUUCCGAGUGCCAACGGCCAGAACGUGCUCAGCCCCAGCCCUUCGGUUUUCGAAUUCCAAACACCAAGUUACCUCACGAAGAGCAGCAGUGCUGAUCACACCCCUUUUGCUCCUGGAGAUAACCAAGCACAAUCGGAGCCUCUGGAGGAGGAGGAGCAGCAGCAGCAGCAACAGCUGGAUUUCAGCAGCACCGUGAAAGACUUCCUGGGUGAGGGCAGCCUCCAGAGCAGCCAGCAGCUGGCCAACCAGGUGGCUUCUGAUCUCAGCAACGUGGCCUCCGUCUUCUCCAAUGACAUCAGGUUGGCUUCCGAGCUCUCGGGAAGCAUUAACGAUUUGAACACGCUGGACGCCAACCUGCUCUUUGACCCGGCUCACCAGCAGGGCCAGGACGAUGAAGCAACACUGGAAGAAUUAAAGAACGACCCCUUGUUCCAGCAGAUCUGCAACGAGUCCAUUAACUCAAUGACUUCGGCAGGUUUCGAUUGGAUGGAGAGCAAGGACCAUCCUGCUGUUGAAAUGUUGGGUUGAAUCUUUUUUUAAAAAAAAAGAUUAAAAAAAAUUAAAUAAAUAUAUGUAAUAUGAUGUAUGUAGCACACUGUAUCUAAAAGACAGACAGACACUUUGUAUUUGUCUUAAUGGAAGUGCCUCCUGCAGCAGAAACAUUGACUAUGACUUAAUUGUGGCAUUUUUACAAAACGGAAAAAAAACCCAACAACAACCAACACCUUUUGCUCCACCAGCUGCUCUAUUCUUCAGCAGGGAAUAUUCAGUCUUACCCAUUUUAAAGACUUUUCUGAAGGAUACAGCCUGAUCCAGAGCCAGUAUUAGAUUUUAAAAAAUUUUACUUACCGAACAGCACUUUUUUGCUGUUGCAAAAGAAAAAGUGGCCGGGGAGGUUCCAAGAGUGUAGUGAGUCUAAAUUGCUAAGGAAAGGGGCUCGCCAGUUCCCCAAGCAGUGUUACCUGGCUGCUCCUCCCUCUGUUCAUUUCAGUCAGUGCCGCCCUGAGUCCCAUGUUGGGCUGCUGUUCCCUAGGUUACCAAGCAAGCUGCACUGGAAGGAGUGGAGGCCACGCAGCAACCGUGUUCCUCGGAUGGAGAGGGCUACGUGCACUUGGGUGUGGACACGGGGCCCUUGCACAUGCUGGCGCAUCCCUUGCGCUGGAGGGCCUGCACACAUCUGUGAGGAGCGAGCCUGUAGAGGAAACGGGGGAAGCGGUCCAGGAGGCAAGAGUUCCCUGUGUAUAUCAGCACAGGUUGCUUGGUUGGGUGAUGGACUUUAAAUGGCUGCUUCCCAAAGAUUCUGGGCUCGCUAUCGCCCCCUCUGUUUCAUUGCUGUUAGAGAACCACAGAGGUGGGGGUCCCAGCUGUGGAUAAUGGCGGAGGAAGACUUGGGUAAAAACUGACCAUACAGCUUAGAAGGUGGACGGUGUGAGAACGCUAUACUUAGACACCAAUACAACUUAAAAUGACAAUAAAGGGCUAAAAGGGGGAGCGGCAGAUAGGAACUAUCAAGGAAUGAGAAAGAAGCACUAAAAUUUUAUUGGGAAGUGUGUGGGGGUGUGUGUGUGCUUAGCCUUCUUUAGUUGCUUGAAAAUCUCAGCUUAAAAAUCUAUCUGUUUUUAUUGGUUUUAAUAUCCUUGAGAGGAAACGUAUUUCUGAGCCUUGAAACUUCAUAAGACUUCAUUCCGUUCUGUUUCCUAUUUAUUUAUCAGAAUUGGAGCAACCUGAAGUUAAGGUGGAAAUGGUCCCAACCCAUCCAUUCUCGCUUGUAAACAACACUUGGGGUGCAGAAAAGCAGUUGCCUCUUCACUGAUAUGCAGCCCCUCUGCUCUUUCCCGAGAAGCUGAUAGAAAGAACAAUUUUCAUAGGGCCAUAAGUGCUACUAGAUGCCAGGGGGUACAGACAUGCCAUGGGAUGUAUUUCAGAAGCUACCCUACACAAACCCAAUGGAAAUGGAUGGGGAAAGAUGCGUAGGUUUGUUGGUGCCCCAUGUCCGCCUGUUGCAAGUGGAUGCGCCCAGCAGGAGCUGCCCGGGGAGUGUGGCCAUUGCCUUUCAAAGGGCUGUGAAGAGAGAGCGGCCAGCCAUUAGCCAGCUGGGGCCUUACUCAGGCAGAAGGAUCUGUGCCAGAACUGUGACUUCACCUGGGAAAUCUUUUGCCAGAUCCAUUGUCCAAUGCUGUGGGAAGCUGUUCCCUGGGGGCUUGUGCUGUGUUCGCCUCUUGUAACGUGGGCUGAUCAUUUUGCACCUGCCAAAACCCAAGUAAGCUGUCAGGGCCAGAAUAUUUCUGGGAAGGAGAGAAAGAGAGAGGAGCUGUUGCAAAUGGCUGCCCAUGAGACAAAGCAAGCAAAAAAUGCACCAGCCAGUCAUGGCAGGCUUUUGAGACUACCAGCCAGUCAGACGUAGAUUGUGCCCUGAUUGUUGGCACAUGUAGGGCAGUUCCAGAGCAAAAGGUUUCAGGGCAGCAGUUCUGGUUAAUGUGCUCAUGAGGAGGAAGUUUUCCCAGUGUUGUUGUGCCUCUGCAUUCAAGGUGCUGGAAUCCAGGCCCCGUGACAAUACUUCAUUUCAGGCCCCACAGGGGUUGCCAGCGUCUUACUCCAUGUAUGUGAGCCAUAGCCAGCCCCUUUGGCAUCAGUGGGUUGGGGGGCAAGGAGCAAGGGCCAUGGGGAGUUUCCUGGCUGCUUGUGUGUUCCUGGAUUUAAGGCAGCAGUGUAUAGAAAAGUUGACUUUGGAGGCGAGGGCAAAGCAGCAACUACUUACCUGGGUACCCCAGAGGUUUCCACAGCACAUGCACCCGGUAUAUUGUGGUUUUUUAAAAAGAGAGAAAUCCGAUUUCUGCAUGCUUUUUGGUUAUAAUUUUUAAGAUUUGUGUGUGCACACAUGUUCUUCAUUAAAUAAAAAUAUCUGGCAAGUACAGAGAAUCAAACCAAACAAGAGAUUUCCCCUUUCCAUCUAGGUUUUGUCCUGGGUGGCAGGAUAGCUGUGUGUGUUUGUGUGUGUGUUCUCACAUCACAGGCCCUUAAAGGAGGCGUGCUGGCGUAUAUUUUGAGCACUCCUUGGCAGAGAGGGAUGCCUCCUUCACCCCUCCCCAGGCAUUACUGCUGUGCAGAUGGAGGUUCCCAUUGGGUUCUCUGCCCCCCUCCAAGAAUGGCACUCUUGGUUUGUCCCUAAGGUGGUGGUAGUGAAGGUGUAGCAGCCUGGGGGUGGUAAAUGUGCUGCUCACCUUCAUCAUCUGUCUGGCGCUCCUGAUUGGCCAGCAGGGAGCUCUUGCCCACAUCCAGAUCAAUUGGGAGUGGAGCACUUUUUUGACCGGUGACCCACCUUUAACCCAAAAUGCGUUGGAUUCAUUGUAGAUACAGGUUUGAGCAUGGACUGUAAUGUAGAUACAAGCUACCGAUGGCUGAAUUGAAAUCAAUUUUAAAUGUGAGACAUUCAAACUUAUCAUGUGACCACUAUCAUUUUGUCUCUCCGCCCCCCACCCAAAUAAAUAAAAGAAAGGCCUGUUACCUUAAUUUUGAAACGCCACUGGUAAAUCGGACUGAAGCGAUAAUUCUGGGAAUUCUGCGAUAACUUAAAAGCGAAUUGAAUGGAAGUUAGGUUUGCAAGGAGGGCCUGGGGAACCAAAACUUUUUCACACACACUUCAUGGUGCUAGACCCAAAAUGGGGUUUUGUGUAUUGUUGGCCUGUGCUUGUUUUGCGGUUUCCUCCGUGUGUUUGGGGUUGUAAUGGGCUGCUUGCUGGACCCCUCUUUCUUCCUGGUGCUUGCAACCCCUUCUGCUCUCUGCCUGCAGACAAGUCCCUGCUUCACACCAAAGUGUGCCAUCUCCAGGGGAGGCAGAAGCCCCCUUCUGCCAGAUAAGACCCCUGCGUAACAAUGAUAAUUUCAGUUGUUCAGAGGGUUGCUCUCCUUGGCUAAAGGCGAAUGAACUUGCACCCCCAUGUACAGUAUUGCCAAGAAUAUAUUUUGGAUUUGGCUGGCCAGCUUGUUGGACUGUGUGGGGUUCAGCUAUUGCACUAAGGCUUCUGUUGAACUGUGGCAGGCACAUUCCUUAGGAUAAAUGCAACAAAUUUGACGGCCCACGGAUUAUAAAAAAGAGAGAAAAACAAUGACUACAGAAAACUUUUUUAAUGUGUUUCAUUAUUAAAAGGCAAAAUGUCAUGCAAAUGACAGCUAACUUGUCUUAUGUAGCAAUGUGCAUUGAUCUCAAUGAGAUGUUUCUAUUUCUUAUUCUCUUACGUGAGAAUCUUACAGCAGGAAGAAAAAAAAAAGAACUGUUUUGUUUGCCUCACCAUGUUAAUACAUGACCACCUGAUGUGCAUGCGUGUUCUCUUGACUUACCUUGUACAGUGCUAGGUAGACUCUUGUAACCCAGUCUUUUUCAUUAUAAUUAUUUUUGCGCUGUAUUAGAUCUGGGUCUGUGCUAACCAGACAAGCAUAGCUGAAUCACCAGUUAGUUACCUUUUUUUUUUUUACGUUUACUAAUUCUGCUUAGUUAUUGUUAAAUACGUUACUUUCUCAUUAUCUUUAUUGCUCUGGUGUUGGGGGGGGGAAACCCUUUUGGCAUAAUUUUUUUCAUGAGAAUUCAUGAAGUAAAGAAUUUGCAAAUAAUUGCAAUAAGCACUGACUUUUGAACUGAAAAAGAAGGAAAUUGUUUCUUGGGCAGUGCAGCAUCUGAAGUUUAUAUAAAGUCUUGUACUAUACUUUUGUGCUUUCUAUAAGGAAAGAAGAAAAAAACCACCCUCUCUACCUUUUCAUCUAGUGCACAGAUUCUUCUCUCUCUCUCUCCCCCACCCCCGGUGUUUUGUUGUCUGUUGUACCUGCUGAAAUGACAGUAGUUGGAUAUUGCAGUAGCAUUUCAGUUGAUUUUUUAUUGAAAGUGCUC